CGGGGCUUUGAGGAGUUUGCUGCCAGGCUCAGUGAAUACCGGUUAGGAAACGAAACCCAGCAGCACACUCAUAAUAAGACAAGGGAACAUCUCCUGCUAGCGGUGACCGUGCUAUAGAAAAACACCGGUAAAUCUGUCGACAGGUUUCGGCUACUGGGAUGUCACUGCAUCUGUACUGUCCCAUAGAAAUAAGCUGACAGCCCGCUGUAGAAGGGACACACAGGUGAUUUAUCUACGAGAACUGAUAGCUAUGCAACCAGCAAGGCUCAGUCCAUGCUUUUUUCCAUAAAUUAUACUUUUUUUUUUUUGUUGCAUAGUUAUAUAUCUUAAAUCUAAAAAAUAUGUUUGUUGACAACUGUAAGCAAAUAGUUUUCCAAGCAUUAUUGCUUUGGUGUAUGAAUGACAUUACAUUUAAAAUCACAUUUGUGAAUGUCUAGAUUUCCCGAGUCAACACCUACAUAUUUGAGGGUUACCCCACUGAGUGGAUAUUGGGGCUGGAUUUAAGGGCACAAUGUUUAGAACUCUGGUAUCUCUUGGGUUAAGUCUACCAAAACCAAAGCCCCUCAUUUGUUUACUACGUUUACCCAGAAACUUCGAAUAAUCGAUUUCUACAGUAAGUAGAGGUUCCAUAGCCUGAUUGUUCUGUUUAGUAAUGAAAACAUUUUAAAUUGCAUGAACUGAUAAAAUGCAAAAUUCUGUUGAGCUUGUUCUCUCAUUUAGUCUUAAACAAGGAAUUGCAAAGAAUUGCUAAGUAAAUUGCUAAGUAAACUUCAGCCUGUAUAGCUAAACUCGAAUAGAGGCUAAUUCUGACCAUUUUUGUAACAUUUAAAAUUCUGAACUUCAGUCAUUCAUUUUGAACCCCAAAAGAAUAUUUACAAGAUGCUUGGUUUAGUCUGUAGUGUCAUUAGAAUAUUGCAAGAUUGGAGUUAUUGAUAAAUUAGAUACAUUUGCUGCAAAAUAAUGUAAGAACUUUGGUUAUUGUCAAUUGAACAAAAAAAUCUGUCAAAGUACUUUAACACUACGUGUUCUGCAGUUAUAUUUCAGUGAAUAAACCCCAUUACGCUGAACAAGUUUUGGAUCAUAUCAAAGAGAAACUCUAACUUUGCACCUGUUAACAUGUGUGUCAUAUUAGUUACUGUACUGCACAUUUUUGUCUAUUCGUGAGAAACUGUUAAUCGAAUGUAUUGCAUAAGCACACCAAUGUAAACAAUAUGUUGUUUCCUUUUUAUUUUUUCUAAUGAUAUUUUGCACUCUAUGGAAAGAAUAAAAUAUACUGUUCGUAAUUUACAGCAGUUGUUUUUUUAAUUUUUUUUACUUUCACUUUUGCUUUACUGUGCAGUUAUUGAAAUACUAUGCAGUUUAUUUCAGAGAAGAAAUAAGAAGUCUUAAACUUAGUAAAUCCAAGAGAAACAAGUGGAUAAGGGAAUAAUAUUGGCACCAAAACCACGUUUGUAAUCAUGCUAGUUAGGAGUUAAAUCACUUUUGCUUCUGUUAAUGCAACCCUAGCAACACCUCACCUGACUCACACAGUCUCCAUGAAAAAAAAUGGUUUUGUUUUCAAUCAGACCUUCCUGAUCCUGUAGUGUAAAUUUAACCAAGAGAUACAAAAUUCUAAAUUAAACAGAAUUUGCAACAAAGGAAUUUCAAAGAAACUCUAUAGUCACCCAGACCACUUCAUCUAAAUGAAGUGGUCUGAGUGCAAUUUCCUUGUCAUCUUAACCCUGCAAUGUAAAACAUUAAAGGUUUUCCAAAACUGCAUUGUUUACCUACAGGGUUAACUCCGCCUCUAGUAGUCCACUAUACUGACAGCCACUAGAGGCUCUUCUGUGGCACAGACUGACUAAAGAUUGGUUACAUAAUACGGAAGCCCCAUAGGAAAGCAUUGAUUCAGUGCUAUCCUUUGGGGAAUGUUAAACGUGUGUGUGUGUGUAUUGGACUCUCACAGGGGCAGAUAGGUCAGCAGCUCCGAAGUAAAGCUUAAUUAUUUAUUUUUGCACUCGAGAGCUGUUUCGGAUAGAUAUGGCAGAUUGAAUUGAAUGAGACUUAAGGGCUCAUGACCUAUACAACAAAACCACUUAACAUGAAGUUGUUUUUGUGCUUAUAAAAUCCCUUUAAUCCAUAUUUUCCAUCAAUGUUCUAUAUCUGUGAUGCCAGAUAGAAACAAAAUGUGUAUUCUGAGUGAAAUACUGAAGCAGCUGUGCUUGCAUAGCAAGAAGAUCUUAUGUAGAAUGUGAAUCCAGAAACCUUUUUCCCCACCCCAGUUAGAAGAUAAAACAGCACCAGCUGGGUAAAGUUUGUGCCACUUCCCCAAGCAGUUCUAUGACAUUGUUAUUAAUAAAAUAUACACAUUCAAUUCAGAUAACUUGGAUGGAUACCAGCAGUACAAAAACCUGGAGCCUCAAAUAGUAUCAAUAACCAGUGUCAUGGAGAUGUAAUGUAGAGUGAUGGUUAGUUAGAAGAGUACAUGGCAGUUCUACAGACCAUAUCGGUAUAGAUAAACAUAUUCACUAAAGUGAAUUACAAAGUAAAGUUUAAAAUAGCUAAACUGGGCCUAAAUGCUCUGUAUAACUUUUACAGGGUAUUUCACUGAAGUAGUAUUCACAGUUUAUUUAAAGUACAUUUUAAAGGGAUACAAUAGUCACCAAAACAACUUUAGCUUAAUGAAGCUGUUUUUGUGUAUAGAUCCUAUCUCUGAAGUCUCACCGCUCAAUUCUCUGCCACUUCCAUUGGCUUUGACUGACACAGCCUGCAUGAGAACAACACGGUUUCAUUUUCAAUCAGAGGUAUCUUACUUUAAUAAUUUUUAUCUCCUACUCUGUAAAUUAAACUUUAAUUAAAAACGGGAUGCUCCUGCAGGGUCUAGCUAAAUGAAACAAAAUAUGCAAUAAAGGAAGUGUAACAUUACAUGACUCUUUACAGGAAGGGUUUAAAAAGGCUCUGUAAGGCACAUGCAGGAAGGUGUGCCUAAGGCUGCAUAAACAAAGUAUAUUCCUGCCUAAAUGGCAGAGAAUUGAGCAGCGAGACAACAGGGCCAUAAUAUAUACACCAAAACUGCUUCAUUAAAGGAACAAUAUAGGAUCAGGAACACAUAAAUUUAUUCCUGACCCAUCUAGCCCCCGUAAACAUAGUAAAAUCUUACCUUUAUUCCAGUCUUCUGCUGGUGUCACUGCCCUAAUCUGCCUCCUUUACUGAAAUCAUCAGAAGUGAUGAUCUGAGCCAAUCGCAAUGCUUUCCCAUAGGAAAGUAUUGGAUUGGCUGAGCUUGUUAAGAAGGCAGAUCAGGGGCAGAGCCAGCACAAGCCAAACACAGCCCUGGCCAAUAAGCAUCUCCUCAUUGAGAUGGAUUAAAUAAUGCACUAAAUGUCAGCACUGCCCCAGGAAGCACCUCUAGUGACCAUCCGAGGAGUGAACAGUGGAGGUAUCCUUAGGCUGUAAUGUAAACACUUCCUUUUCUCUGAAAAAAACAGUGUUUACUGCAAAACGCCUGAAGGGACUGAUUAUACUCGCCAGAACAAAUACAAUAAGCUGUAGUUGUUCCGGUGACUAUAGUAUCCAUUUAUAGUAUCCGUUUAAGCUAAAGAUGUUUUAGUGACUAUAUACAAGAGACAAACUUCUCACAGUCAGCUGUGAUUUCAGUUUGGCUACUCUGGCCUUAAAUUUAAAAUUAAUUUUGAAUUCUCACUUUAGUGAAUAACCUUGAUAAUUUUAAACAAAAUAGUACCCUCAUACCCGAAAAAUUAAGGGGAGGAGGAAACAAAAUAGAAAAUUGAAGGAGGGCUGGAUGAGUUUUGUGUCUGUAAUUGCUCUUCCUCAGCAGUUUCAGUGCACCUCUAGCUUUUUGUAUUGUGUAUCAUAGCAGCAGCUGGGACAGUAAGAUAAGCUGGGGUGUCUGAUCUGAUUUUGUUUUGUUAAAGGGAUGCUAGAGUCAGCAGAACAAUUACAGCUUAAUGUAGUUGUUGUGGUGUGUAUAGUCUUUCCUUACAUGCUUUUCAAUGUCAAUACUGCAUUUUCAUAGAAAAGGCAGUGUUUGCAUUACUGUCUAGUAACACCUCUAGUGGUUCAAUGCAUCUCUAUAAGGAGAUGCUGAUUGGCGCUGUGCAUGCUCAACAGCCUCCCAGUGCUUUCCUGUGGGAAUGCAUUGGAUUGGCUGAGAUCGUCAGAUCUGAUCUCCGCAAAAGAGGCAGAGAGAGGAAGGGCCAGCCGCGAGGAAAUACAUGCGGUGUUGGAAUAAAGGUGAGUAAAAUCACCUUUUACUUUGCUGACUGGGGCCAGGGGCCUAUACUGUGUUUUCAUAGCUAUAGAGACAGGAAUACAUAUUUGUAUUCCUGUCACAAUAGUACUCCUUUAAAUACAAUGCUAUAACAUAUUUUCACUGAAACUUACAUUUCUUUUUAUGGACUGAAACAGAAUAGCUUCUGUAUCAGCUGGUUAUAAAGUCGGAAUAUGCAUAUCGUUUUUACAUUGACCUGAUUAAUGCAUUUUUUUGUUUUGUUUUUUUUUAUUGCCCAUGCUCUUCCAGGUUUCCUGAUGUCAUUAAUUUUCAAUUGGACAGGUAAAGAUUUCAAUGAGUCGCACCUCCAACAUGUUAAUUUGCGACAUCUGUACUCAGGAAGUGUCCUCAGUGGAGGACAUGAAGAGUCAUAUGCUGCUAGCGCACGUGGAACAUGAAGUCAGUUGUCCUCUAUGCACAUUUUCUGGGUUAACAUAUGAUGAACUCCACUUCCACAUGCAAACUGCUCAUGAAGAUAUGCUAAACAAUUGGGACAAGGAUGUAAAUCAGUGUGAUGAUGUGGUACAACAAAAAGUCAGCGGUAGUAAUGUCUCAGGCGAUACAACAGCUUCAGACCUUUUUGCAGAAGCCUCUGAAAGACAUAAUGAUCAUAUGCAAUAUGACAACAGCCUUCAAGGCUUUCGAGAAGAUGAAAAUGAACUGUCUGAGGGAGACUUCUGUAAUUCAUCACUUUCUGAUUCAUCGAGUUGCACUGUUUCCAGUAGCUCAAACUCAGAUUUUAUGGCUAAUGCAUCUUGUUCCUCUUCUGUAGUAUGCAUACCUAAUUCAGGUUCAGUAAAAGAAAAGAGUGAAGCAUGUGAACUUCAGUUUGAUUUAGGUGCAUCAGCAUCUGUUACACAAGAUGAUGUUACUAUGCUACCAGAGUGUCCUUUUUGCUGUGAAAUAAAACCAUCAUUUGAAGAGCUUGAAUUCCAUGUAAGAACGGAACAUGCAGAUCUUGUAGACACACCCACUAAAGGUAUUUACUUCGGUCGAUGCAUAUUCAUAUUUUUUAUGUGUUUGGGUAUUUUUAUGUUUAUAUUUUCAUUGUUGUAUCGAAAUUGUUCUUUGUUCAUCAGUGCUACUAUAUGUAAUUCAGUAAUCUAAUUUAAAUAGUGUUUUUAGAACUAAACUUUUUAAAGCUAACUAAGUCAAAGUGGUAUUAUCCUGUAGGUUAAGACAUACAAGUCAAUGGGAUAUUGCUUUAAUUCCAUUUCUUUGUUGGCUCAGGUGGGAAAGAGGUUACCUGGUCCCUCCUGUUUACUGCUAAACUACAACACUAUUGGCCAUAUUUUUAAAUACUUCACCAACAGGGAACACACCUCUCUCAUGACAUGCUAUCUACAUUGUCAAUGGAUUGACAUCAGAACAGAGUGAAUAUCAAAGCAACUACCGCUGAUUUGCUACAAACAUUCUAUGGCUCUUCCUGGUCACUCUAUGCCGCAAAUUUAUUGAGUGAUAAGGUGGAAAGACAAUACUUUUAUGACAUUUUUUUCAGGGAAUUCAAUUGCUUGCAUUACAAAUGCCUGAAAUAUCUGUGUCUUUUAUUUUAACUCACUUUAUGUGUACCAAGACAGAUAUUCUAAAGCAGAAACUUGUGUGUAAAUUUGAGAUUUUCCUCUAUCUAGGGAAAAAAAGAUUUUGGAAUUUGGAUAUCUUUCUUUUAGAACCUCUUUAUGUAUUGCUAAGCAACAAUUUUCUUCAGGAUAUUUUUCUGUUAUCUGAAAACCUUUGUCAACUCACUAAUGUGUGCGAAAAAGAAAAUCUAUGGAAGCUAAUCACCCAAAUUAUAUUGAAAAUAUUACAAUUUGACACAGAAAUUGUAAUGUGAAAGUUGUAGAUAAAUUCCAAUUCACUCUUUAGAGAGCAAUAUAUUUGCUCAUUCUUAACCCCUUAAGGACCAAACUUCUGGAAUAAAAGGGAAUCAUGACAUGUCACACAUGUCAUGUGUCCUUAAGGGGUUAAAGGUAACGUCCAAGUGCCAUAACCAUCACAGCUGUUGUAGUUUAUAGGAUGGCUAAUAAACUGUGGGCACCAAGCUUCAGUUCUGUUUCAGGCUAUUUUUUUCAGCAGGUUUGAAGAAAUGUGAGUCCCCCAGUAACCUGCAGGCUGGCUACUUGCUUGUUGUAUUGCUUAUGUAGAAUUUUUGUUUUGACAUUAGCAUUAUUAAUAUUUGGGUGGUUGUGGUAGGCUGAGAAAAAAAAAAAUAGAUAAAACAUGCCAUAGCUCAUGUCACGAUUGCUAUGGGAACAGUUUAUUUUGUCUAUAUUUGUGUGCUAGAAGAAACAGACCUAAUUUAGCGUCCUACAGAAAUAUUGAUUGCCAGUCACUAUAAAUCACUGAGGCUGGGGAGGCAAACCUUGACAUCAUAAAUGUUUUUGAGUGAAGUUUCCUGUGAUGCUCAGCUGUCAUAGGAAGAUAAAUCUCUAAGGUUAAUUGAAUUUUUCUAGUGAUACGACUUAUUAAAUAUUUUCAUUUUUGAAUGCAUAUUUAAAUGUGAAAGCUUGAGCAAGAUCCACUUUCGUGCAUUUUUAACACCUUAAGGUUACAUGCCUUUUAUUCCAUAAAUUUGGUCCUUAAGGGGUUAAUCCUUUUUAACCCUUAUGCGGAAAAAGUGACUACUAUAUGUGUAUUGUUUUCUUUUGGGUUUUUUUAGAACUCAUUUGAUUAAUUUAAAAAACAGACACUGAGUACUUUUAUGAAACUCUUUGAUACAAUGUACAGCAACCACUCCCUCUAAAAAAAAAAAUUAACGAAUUGAUUUGCAACACUUUUUAAAAAUUUUUUUUUUAUUUCUAAUUUGUUAGAUUGUAAAAAGUAUGAAUGUCCCAUGUGUUCAUUGGUCUGUGCAAGUUGCCAAAUUCUUGAAGAGCAUGUAAACCUGCAUUUGGAGGAAGGAAGCCGCAACGAAGGUAGCUAUUUUAUAAUGCAUUUUUCAACUGUAAAAUUAUUUUUGCCAUUUCGCAAUGUAUGUCACACAGAAUGCAUUGAUUUUGUUUAUGCACUAACACAAAUUACUAUCUAAUGAAUUUUACAUGCUUUAAAAAAAAUUAAACCAUAUAAAAGUAUUGUGCUUAAAAUGUGCAAAUAAAAAUAAAUUAUUGAUAUAUCUAAAAAUACAAGAGCUGUUAUACAGACUGUUUACUUGCCAAUCUGCAAAAUAAGUGCUUUAUAGUACAGGCUAUUAUUGAAUGCCUUAUUAAAUUUCUACAGUAAUAGACUCACAAUUCCCAGACCACUUUUAACUGGCUCUAGGUAUAUUGGCUUAUAUAUUCGCGGGAUGUGGUAUAUAUUCUCCUUCCCAUAAACAGAAAAGAAAACAGAAAGUUCCAAUCACUAUUACAAUAACUAAAUGGACUGUCUUGUAUAUAUGCACAAGUCUAAGUUCCAUUUUAUCGAACUUCCACUUAGCCUUUUACGGUCAACCUAUUUGGUCUUAGUGAAUGUGUUCGUCCACUUAAAAUUGACUCUGUUGAAUGAGACAUCUGAGCCUCUCAGGAAACAACAUUUGGGUGCAAAGUUCUGCAAGCAAUGGCCAGAUUCCAGACCAAUAAUCACAUCUUAUUACGCCACUCUUGUGUUAAUGCCGCUAUCCAUAUUGAAAAAAUAAAUUUUACUUACCGUAUAUUUGCUUUUCCAUAAGAUUAGUAACAGUAUUGGUUACAUAAAUAUGUAUGUAUAUAUAUAUAUAUAUAUAUAUAUAUAUAUGUGUUUAUAUAUAUAUAUAUAUAUUUACAUUUUGGCAUAUUUGUGUUUUUUCAUAUCUAGGGAAACUGUAUAGUUGCUUGAUGUUAUAUGUAGUGGGAGGAGGAUUGUGGGAGGUUCUGCAUAUUUAAAUGUCUUUAUAGUCCCUACCUGUCUUUUAAUAAGUUGCUUAACUCUCUUGUUCUACUUCAAUUAGUAAAAUUUAGUGGGGUGUUUUUUUUUUUUCCUACAUUGUCUUGAUUAAAAUUUAAUUUAAUUGUAGUUAACAUACAAUUUUAAAAUAAUUUUCUUUUGUUACAUAACAUUGCAUUUUUUUCUUUCCUUCCUAGAUUUGGCAGCUAAUGCAUGUAGUGAUCUAUACUUGGCCAAACAACUCCAGUGUGAGGAAGACAAACGACGUAGAGCAGAAGAAUCACAAAAAGAAAAGGAGGAAUUUCAGAAAUUGCAGGUUCAUUGCUCUUUGUGUUCUUUUAGCAGGUUCAUUUGCAGGUUUCUAGUAAAUCCAGAGGCUUAUGUGUUUUGUUAGGGGACUAUGCAUAACGAACAUGGUUUGUGUGUGUAUAUAAAUAUAAUAUAAAUAUAAUAUAAAACAUACAAGAGCCAGGGCAAUCAUCCACUAAACAGCAACUUCAAAACUCACAGAAUGUAUUAGUUUUAUUUAAAAUCAUCUAACCUAGACAAAAAUAAUGGGGGUUUAGUUACAGUUUUUGGCAGGUUAAAGGGAUCCUAUAGUGCCAGGAAAACAAACAAAGCUUUUCCUAUAAGGUUAAUAUCAUUUUUGUCGAAUAAUAUUUUUAUGAUUUCUAAUUGGAAACUGCUUCCUGUGGAAUCCUGCCUUGGAGAGGAGAAUCCCUAGCGCUCUGCUCAAUGUGAAUUGUUCUAUAUAGGGGCUUAUUUCAUCAUGUGCUUAGUUUGGAUGCACUAUUAAUGUUGUCUCUUUUUUUUUUUUUUUUUUUUUUUUUUUUUUUUUUUUUUUUUUUUAAUAGUCUUUUGGAUAGAAAUUUUGUUUUAUCUUUGGUUCUAUUCAAUAAAUUUGUGUUUAAAAUAGUUCCCUGUAUCAAGCAUAUAUUUCAUCAGGGUGCCAGGUCCCCCUAGUUUUAACCCUGCAGCUGUAAACAUAGCAGUUUCAGAGAAACUGCUAUGUUUAUAUUGAGGGUUAAUCCAGCCUCUAGUGGCUGUCUCCAUGACAACCACUAGAGGCCGCUUCCGCAAUCCUCAAUGCAAAAAUCGCAUUGAGGACACGCUGGACAUCCAUAGGAAAGCAUUGAGUAAUGAUUUCCUAUGGGCGGUUUGAAUGCAUGCAUAUUUGGAGCUGACGUCGGCAGGGGGGAGUAGAGGUCACCAGCGCCGAGGGAACCCUGCACUGGAUUAAGGUAAGUGGCCGAAGGAAUUUUAACCCCUUCAGCCCAGCGGGAGGAGGGCCCUGAGGGAGGUGGGGAUAUAAUAACCCUAUUGUGCCAAGAAAACUAGUUUGUUUUCCUGGCACUAUAAGUGCUCCUUUAAGCUAGCUACUAUAGCUUGGUUAAAGAAGAAUAAUAAUCUAUUGGGAAUGUUGUCUUUAAACAGAGUUCAUGACGAAAAUAAAACCUUUUGGUCACAGUGUCUCUUUAAAAUUGUUAAAUUUAAAUGCUCAGUUGAUCAAUAUUGUUGCAUGAACAUACAAUUUCACCAUAUAUUAGUUUGUUUUUUCUUUUGAUUUCAAUUUAACACUUUUUUUAAAAUUUCAUUCAACAGAAACAGUUUGGUAUGGACAAUUCUGGAGGAUAUAAAGAGCAAUCUUUGCAAAAUUUAGAAAGGGCUGUUGCCAGGGGAAGAGUACAACCAAUGGAGUUUCACCUACAAAGAGUGCAAAUGAUGGAAACGUUGGCUACUGGUGUAGAUGAUGGUAGAACAAAGACUUCAGGUAUAUGACAUGGCAUAUCUCAUAUAUGAAAAUAUCUGCUCAGAGGUAAAAAGUAUUAUUUUCUAAAAGGAACAGUUUAAUAAAAAAAAAUUAUAUAAUUUUUUUAAAACAGUUUCAUUAUAUGUUUGGAUUAUUGUCCUACCCUAAACAGCCGCCACACUGCACAGCCGGUGCCUCCUCUAGUAAAUCUAUGAAUUGGUUGGGCACAUACAGAUUCUGAUGUUGGCAUACUUUGCAUGCUGACGGCAGAUGUCAAAUAGAUUCAGUUAUUGAAGCUGUUUGUGUCAAAAGCUCCUUAUGGCUCUCUGAUAGCUAUUAGCAGAUAUGGACAUUGCACAAAAACUACAGCGUUGCUUCUCAGAAAGCGAACUGUUUUCCUUUACAAGGUUGAAGGAGAAGAGUAUAUAUCUCAAAAUCACUCAAUUAAAGUGGCACUAUAAGAACCAUAACACAAUUGCUAAAUGUAACGGUUCUGGUGCUUAGAACCACUAUUGCUUAAUGUAGUGGUACUGGUGCUUAGAACCAGUCCCUUCAUCUCUAGUCGCUGUCUAAAGAUGUAUUUAUUAAUUUACAGGAAUUUUUAUUGAGGGAGGUUUUAGGACCUUUAAUUUGAACGGGAGGGUGAACUUAUGAACAGUUUUGAGGGGCAUGGACAAUGGCGUUUCCACCCUGUCAUCUUGUAUUUAACUAGAGCCCCCAUCUGCCGCCCAUGGAUGGGGCUGUAUGGAACUAGAAAACUAGAUUAUCUACCAAUACGUGUGUUCCCCCCCCCCCCAGCUAUUAUAAUAAUAGUGUCCAACCAUUUCCCAUGUGACACUAAGUUCCCGUAAUGGGGAUGGGGGGGAAUAGGAUGUCCCCAGUCCUCUCAUUUGUUAUUUAUUUAUUAUUUAAUCUCUCCCACAUGCUGGCCAAAGUUGUAUGUUCAUCCCCAUUAUUUAAUUUACAUUCUACCACCCAAUACGGAUGGGUGGGGGCACGGGCGACCCAGGUCCUACUUGUUAUUUCACAGUCACAUUCCUUUUAGGAUGGGUAAUUUCUAGAGAAUGGGCAGCACUGUGUGGCCAAUUUCCAGUUUAUAUUUACAGUGAGCAUCCACUGGCUGCUCAUUGUUUAGUACAGUCAUAGGCAACCUUGGGCACUACAGAUAUUGUGGACUACAUCUCCCUGUUGCUUUGCCAGCAUUACGGGUAUAAGAGCAUUAUGGGAGAUGUAGUUCAUAAUGUCUGGAGUGCCAAAGGUUGCCUACGCUUGGUUUGGAAGAAAAUCCUCCACCUGCCAAGUGGGGACAAUAAGGGAUGUUUUUUAUACUUUACCUAUUUAAUGUGGCAGUUGGCUUGAAGCACUAGCCAGCUACCACACCGUUAAAUAAAGCUUCUCAGCACAAGGCAUAACAAUUUGUUUGCUGACUGCUAGCUCUGCCAGACCUGCAUUUUAACAACCCAGGUCCAGAUUCGGAGUCUUCUCUGCAAAAUCCAGACAUUGGUAAAUAGUGUAAACUGUCUCUAGAUUUUGCAUUCCAAAUGGCAUCGUACUCAGUCGGAUUGUUUUGCUACAUUCGGUAUGGUGCCCAUUCAGAGUUUAAUAAAUAACUUAGUCAAGUUUUCAUAUUUUUAGUCUGUAAAAUAUCCAUUCUUAGAUUGUCAUGCAAUUGCAUUCAUGCUUUGUGGUAUUUGUUCAUCUAUUAUACUGUAAAGUUAUGGAGAAUUUUCUUAUUUUAUGUACAAUGGUUUGUCAAUUUUUGCAAGCUUUUGUUUUUUCAAUUUUGUGUAGGAGUUCUGGAUGCUCUGUGUAGAUAUUAUAACAAUUCUGCCCCUGAAGUGAAUUGUGUCUGGCUUUGUUCAAAUUUGGACCAUUUCAGCAACUCUCCAGGAGAUAAAGGAUGGGGCUGUGGUUUUCGAAAUUUUCAGAUGAUCCUUUCUUCUCUACUGCACAAUGACACCUUCAAAAACUCUCUACAAGGUAUGAAAAUGUUAGACCCAAAUUACCAAACUAGAAGCAUAGCUGACUUGGUGAAUUUUUAAAAUUCAACAAUUUUGGCCUUAAGGUUGCAAUUCACUUUGAAUUCUUAACAAUUUUAACUUUAGUAAAUAACCCUAUAAGGACACCUUCACGUAGGAAUUUUUUUUUUUUUUUUAAACUUCUGUUUUCUAGCAACGUAGAAAAGGUUUUCACAUGUCUUUGUUUAUUGAAGUUUUCAUAUAGCAUACACUAUACAGUAUAUAAUGCACGUAACAAUAAUAUGUUGAAUUUGUAACAUAAUGUGUGCAGUUGCAAGAAUCAUAACUUUGGCAUCCAAAUUAUACAAUAAAAAUAACAUCGGCAUCCAAGUUAUAUAAUACCAGUGGUAAAUCAUUCAUAACAUUGUACAAUGGAAGAACAAAAUUGGAACCAAGAUAUUUGGCUUAACAACCAUGAAUACAGUACGUCCUACCUAGGGUGGGCAGCUGACACCCAACUCAACCUCCUUUAAAACUAAUGAAGGAGUUGGGAUAUUAUAUCUUCAUUCUUGGGAGACCUUCGUAUCUGUAACCUAAUGUGUUGUGCGGGGUGAUGUGUACUAAAAUUGUUCUAUGACAACAGUAUUGGGGUGCUUAACUCAUCGGUUAGUGAUACUUCUACCACGGUCGGUGUGUUGUGGUUCGUAGGAUCUCAAGCUCCUUGUUUACUAUCAACUGCUCUUUUUUUGGGUUAUAAUGUAACUUAUCCGAGUUAUAGUUGGACGUUUUCGUUUAACUCAACUGCGCACUUACAGGUAAUACUCGAAAAAUUUGAAUAUCGUGCAAAUGUUCAUUUAUUUCAGUAAUUCAACGUAAAAGGGGAAACUAAUAUAUGAGAUAGACGCAUUACAUGCAAAGCAAGAUAGCUCAAGCCGUGAUUUGUCAUAAGUACAAUGAUUAUGGCUUACAGCUCAUGAAAAUUCCAAAUCCACAAUCUCAGUAAAUUAGAAUAUUGUGAAAAGGUGCAAUAUUCUAAGCUCACAGUGUCCCACUCUAGUCAGCUAAGUAAGCCAUAACACUUGCAAAGGGUUUCUGAACCUUUAAAUGGUCUCUCAGUCUGGUUCAGUAGGAAUCACAAUCAUGGGGAAGACUGCGGACCUGACAGUUGUGCAGAAAACCAUCAUUGACACCCUCCUUAAGGAGGGAAAGCUUUAAAAGGUAUCAAAGCACAUUAAUAGAAAGUUAUGUGGAAGGGAGAAGUGUGGAAGAAAAAGCUGCACAAGCAGCAGGGAUUGACCGCAGCCUGGAGAGGAUUGUCAGGAAAAGGCCAUUCAAAAGUGUUGGGGACUUUCACAAGGAAUGGAUUGAGGCUGGAGUCAGUGCAUCAAGAGCCACCACACACAGACGGAUCCUAGACAUGGGCUUCAGAUGUCGUAUUCCUCUUGUCAAGCCGCUCCUGAACAACCAACAACGUCAGAAGUGGGCUAAAGAAAAACAGACCUGGUCUGUUGCUCAGUGGUCCAAAGUCCUCUUUUCUGAUGAGAGCAACUUUUGCAUCUCAUUUGGAAACCAAGGACCCAAAGUCUGGAGGAAAAAUGGAGAGGCACACACUGCAAGAUGCUUGAAGUCCGUGUGAAGUUUCCACAGUCUGUGUUGAUUUGGGGAGCCAUGUCAUCUGCUGGUGUUGGUCCACUGUGCUUCAUUAAGUCCAGGGUCAACGCAGCUGUCUACCAAGAGAUUUUGGUGCACUUCAUGCUUCCUUCCGCAGACGAGCUUUAUGGGGAUGCUGACUUCAUUUUCCAGCAGGACUUUGCACCUGCCCACACUGCCAAAAGCACCAAAACCUGGUUCAAUGACCGUGGGAUUACUGUGCUUGAUUGGCCAGCAAACUCGCCUGACUUGAAACCCAUAGAGAAUCUAUGGGGCAUUGCCAAGAGAAAGAUGAGACAUGAGACUGAACAAUGCAGAAGAGCUGAAGGCCGAUAUUGAAGCAUCCUGGUCUUCCAUAACACCUCAGCAGUGCCACAGGCUGAUAGCUUCCAUGCCACGCCGCAAUGAGGCAGUAAUUGCUGCAAAAGGGGCCCAAACCAAGUACUGAGUCCAUAUGCAUGCUUAUACGUUUCAGAGGUCUGAUAUUGUUCUAUGUACACUCCUUGUUUUAUUGAUUGCAUGUAAUAUUCUAAUUUACUGAGAUCGUGGAUUUGGGAUUUAUGAGCUGUAAACCGUAAUCAUGUCUUAGUGUCUCACAGCCUCCCCAACAUUGCCAUAACUUACUGAGGGCUACUUCUUUUCAUUUUAGUCUAAAUGACAUUUGCUUAUAAUGGUAGCUAGUGUCAACCCUUUUCCAAAACUCCAGAUGUGAAGGUACAAUAGCCUCUUUCCAGUGACUCGCUAUUAGGGAUGUGCAUGGGAAAAAAAAUUUGUUUUGAUUUGGUACUUCCAAAAUUCGGCGGUUCGGUUCAGCACUUCUGAAAUUCGGGACUUUGGCAGUUCCCUAACCCUAAACCAACCAUAACCCUAGUAGGGUUAAGUUUUGGGUUAGGGUUAGAUUCUGCAUUUGUGAGAGCAUUAUAACUUAGGGACAACAAUUUAAUGGGUGUUUUUUAUUUGCCUGUGCAGCAUUAGCAAAGGGUGUCAGGUGGGAGUCAUCUCCAAUGAUUACAUGGAGGUUCUAUAGCAUAUGCUUGACUCGUAGGUAUGUAAAUAUUUCCCGUGGGGGAUGGGAUAGUUCUGUUGGUAAAGCUUGGAUUGGUUUAAUCCUUAACUUGUCAAAUAAUGAACCCACAGUGGAAGCUCCACCCUCUAUCCAUCUGGUCAGUGGAAUAUCUUGGGAAAGUGAUGCGAGAGCAUUGGAGGCCAAACUGCUCGGACCUAACAAACUCUGCGACCAUUGUUUCCAUUUAUUCAAUAAUAAUUUGGUGGUAUUUAACAGCAAGUGGUGGAGUUUAUACGAUGUGAUGCAUGCUUCUUCCAUGGGGAGCCACACAGGCACAGCAGCCUGUGUUAAUACUGAUUUGCUGCAUGCCAGAAUUGAGGCUUUGUAGUAUAGUUUAGUGUUUGGGAUGCCCAGGCCACCCUUGGUAGGGUACAACCAGGAUAGGCGAGUUUAAACUCAUUGAACAGUUUUGUGAGAAAUUAGGUUAAUUUAGCCUCCAUUUGAAUAUAAAAGUAGUUAGAAAACCCAUCUGUUCCCGGGGCCUUAUGCUUCGGUAGAGAUAGUAUAGCUGUGCGUACUUCCUCUUCAGUGAAAGGACUGUCAAGGACCUCAGAUUGUUGUUGGGUUAAGCAUGGUAACUCUGUCGUUAAGGAAUUGGAUUAUGUCUACAUGGGAUGGCUGGUAAAGUGAGGGAUCUCCUAAGUUUUAGAGAUUUGUGUAGUAACUAGCAAGUUCAUUUUCUAUAUCUGUAGGAUUGAACAGUUUAACAUUCUGGCUUGACAUUAUGUAUGGGAUCUUAGUUUGUAGGUAUCGAUUCUAGAGCUUAUUGGCUAACAGUCUUCCUGCUUUAUUGUCUUGUGUGUAGUGUUUUAAUUUGAGGGCCCUCAAUUGCUUCUCUGUCAUUCCUGUUUCUAGAGCUUUUAUUUUAUGUUUGAUAUUGCUAAUCUGUUUUGAGAGGCGUCUUUGUCAAGCAAGGCUUCAUUCAGGGGCGUGAUCGGACCAAGUACGUUGGCAUAUAGAGACGUCUUUCACAUUAGGACUUUUGUCCACCAAGCACAUAUCUAUCCUGGAAUAGGUUGAGUGCAUCGGAUAGAAAAAUGUAUAGUCUCGUUCUCUGCUGGACAAAGGCUUCACCAGGAAUCAUAAAGAUCAUAAGUGUGGAUUAAAUGGGAUAAAGAUUGGCUCUGUGAGAGCUUGGUAUUCUCCCCGACUCAUCUUUAAAUUGGUCGAGCAUUUGGAAUACCCAGUCAGAGUGGAAAAAUAUGCAUACACCUUUUGAUUUGUGUGGUGAUUGCGCGUGGAAUGCUUGGGUGUCAUUUUUUUGGUGGAAAAGGAUAGGUUUGCUUGCACCGAAGUAAGUUUCCUGGAAGCAGAUUAUUGCAGUUUUGGAUUUAGUCAUCUACCGGGCAGCUUGUCUUUGUUUAUAGGGGCAAUUAAGCCCUUUCACAUUGAGAGGCAUUUAAACGUGUUCUCUGCCAUAAAUGUAAAUGUAUGGUGAUUCGAAAGACCUGUGCACCACCGAAUUGAUUAAGGAAAUACGCUAUGUGGGCAGAAUGUAAAUAUUCACCAUGUUCACGUUUGUUCUGGAGCUUGGGCAUAUCGGGGAGAGUUGGGAGAGAACUAAAAACCAUGGGACAAGGGGAAAGACAACUAUCAUGGAGGACAAAUUGUCCGCACAUGACUGGUAAAACUUAUAUACAGUCUCCUUGCUCUGAAAGCAAGAGCGGUGACCGAGAUGGAAGCCUGCUUGCAACGUAUUUUUGAAAUUCAAUAGCAUAAUGGAGAUACUUUUGUCUGUGGCUGGGGUGUCCUCCGGGGAGAACUGAGCCUGAUCUUGCUCUGAGGGUCCCUCUGAAGCAGGCGAGGUGACGCCUUCGUCGACAUCUUGAAUAGACUUGAGGCGAUUUUGGAGCAUAGGAUCUGUGAUCUUCAAUUGUUUUGUGGGUGCCAUUGGUUCCUUAGGGUAUUGAGGAAUCUUUUGAUAUAAAAAUUAUCAGUUUUUGGCCUAUUGAAAUGCUCUCACUCACAGACACACACACACAUUCAGACACUCACAGACACACACUCACACAUACACUGAGACACACACACACUCACACAUACACUGAGACACACACACACUCACACAUACACUGAGACACACACUCACACAUACACUGAGACACACACACACUCAUACAUACAAUACAGACACGCACACAUACAGACACACACUCAGACACGUACACAUUCCAACACACACAGAUUAUUCAUAUAAAAUGUCCACCCAGCCUCCCUACCUGGAGAGCUGGCGCGGAUCUGUCCCUGAGGUCCAGUGGGGCUUCAGUGCGGCGGGCGGCAAAGUUCCUGUCAGACACGGCGAGGGAACUUCUCUCUAAUCUGUUCCAUCGCGGGCUGUCUACUGAUGCCGGGAGCCGGUAUAUGACAUCGUAUUCCGGCUCCCGGCAUCAGUAGACAGCCCGUGAUGGAACAGAUUAGAGAGAAGUUCCCUCGCCGUGUCUGAUAGGAACUCUGCCGCCCGCCGGGAGGGGCCAUAUGACAGGGGGAACACGGAGGGGGGCGUCAUCUAGGCGGCCCAUGGUCGCAGGGGCUGUGGCUGCGUUGUAGGUACACCACUGCACAAGCCUUUUUUGCUGUUUGUGUUCAAACACUAUUUGCAUCUCUGUCAUUUAUUGCACCAACACAUAUUAUAUACUGUUUUUUUAGAGGACAAACAGGGCUUUAACCCCUUAAGGACCAAACUUGUGGAAUAAAAGGGAAUUAUGACAUGUCACACAUGUCAUGUGUCCUUAAGGGGUUAAUUUUAUGUCACAUAUACAUAGAGGAAGUCUCAUUAAUUAUAAAAAAAUAAAAAAAAAAUGCCAACAAUUGAAAAAAAAAAAAAAAUAUAUAUAUAUAUUUUUUUUUUUUACCAUUUUGGCAAUAAUAGCGUGUGGAUAAUAUGUCCAGCUUAGAAAAAGUAAUUCAAAAUAAAUUAAUUUGUGUCUUGAGUUAUAGCGUACAUAAUAUGUAUAGGAUUUAAGCUUAUUUUGAAAGUUACAGGUCACAAAAUACAAGGACUAAAAUAAAAUUUCAAUGUGCACCAAUUUUAGAAUUUGGUAUGUUUGUCUUGUAGGUUUAGUAGCCAUCACAGAAAACAAAAUUGCCACACAAAAGUAUAUAUUUAUAUAAAGUAGACAUCACAGGCUAUUUACCUAAGGUUAGUUUGACACUUUUUACGUAGCUAAAUAUUGGAGUAAAAUUGUGUUUUUUCUCUAUUUUGGCAUAGACACAUAUAACAAGGUUUUUGUAAUGUGUAUUUCAUAAAGCUGGUGUGUGCUAUUCCUGCACAGAACCCCAUAUUGUGUUCAGCUACAUCUGCUGAGUAUAGCAAUAACCCCAUUGUUUGCUUUUGGCACUAUUCUGUGAAGCUAUAAUGCCAUAUAAGAUACCAGGCUAUUUUAGUUCCUAUAGUUGGAAUUUUCGCAGAUUGCUUUGACGGGCCUAUGUCUCAUUUUAGGGUAUUAUAGCAGUGUAACUGUUCAAAUAACCCCACAAUAGGCUUUCAUUUGAUAAAGCAGACACACCCCAGGGUAUCCUUUAUGGUGUAUAUUGUGUCUUAACUUGUCACCCUUUUUUCACCAAAUUAUGUCAAUGUUUGUGGUGAGGGGAAAAAAAAUAAAUUUUUACAUAUAUGUUGCAUUUUUGCUGAGUAUUUCUUACACUUGAUAUGUACCACUGUCAUAAAAAAAAAAAACUAAUUAUUCUAAGUUACGUUUUCUGAGUAAAACAAUAUGCCCAAUGUAUGACCUAGUCACUAUUUUGUGAAGUUACAGUGCUGUAAAAGAGUUGUAACAAGUUCAGGUUUUUAAGUGUGAAUUUUCAUGGAGGGUUUUGAUGCGUUCAUGUCCCACUUUGGAACACUUGAGCAGGCUACAUAUUCCAGCUACACCAUGAAGGCAUACCAUUUCUUAAAGAAGACAUCCCAGUUGUGAUGAAAGCAACUUCGCCACUGGUUCUUGGAGGGGCAUACUUGUCACCCCCCUACCCUGUGACUAUGUCCCCUGUGAUAAAACUUGGUUUAAAUCACUGUUCGGGGCUUUUUGGAUUUUUAUGGCCAUGGUUCGAACUUUCAAAGUGGCUCUUCAAACUCCUGAACAGUCAAAGUGGCCGCCAUUCGACAUUCGAACACGUGGUGGUGGCCAUCUUGUUCGCAUGGACCAAAACCGCGAAUAGGUUUCAGGGGGACUUAGCCACGAAUGCCCUGGAACUCUUUUUGGCAAGAAAACUUGUGGUUCACGGUCUGUCCUCCAGCGGCACUUAGCCGCGAUUCUAUGGAACUGUUUUGGGUAUGGGACCAUGCCUGGGCAAAACUAUGACUUCCAUAAAAUUUCUGAACCCCUGAUCUGGUUGAUUUUUGGAUAUGUUGUUCACACAGAUCAGGGCUAGGAUGUAACAUUUAUGGGGAUAUGUCACAGGGAGAGGACACAACCAGUCUAUGUCCCCAGCAGCAGUGGUCAAAACAGGGAGUGGAGACGGUCAGUCUCAUUCCUCAGCAGCAGUGCGUGUUAAAGGGAGGGGAGAAAACCGCUCUCACUCCCCAGCGGCGGAGUGAUCAGGGCUAUGGGGAUAUGUUGUGUUUUGGGGUACUUAUGAGACUUUGUAAAAAUGUGUGUUUUUCUGCCUGGAGAUUCAGUAUCUACCUCAAUUAUCUCACAGGCAGAGGGGAGUGAUUGUAUGCUUGUUAUGGUAGUGUCGUACAUUUAAUUACUGUUUUUAUUGGUUUUUUAACUUGUGUCACCCUUGUUGGGAAAGUUGCAUGAAAGGCCAGUGUGGCUCCAUUAAAAUUGAGUUCUGAAAAAAAAAAAGAACUCUGUGUGCCAUAGAAUUGUGUCAGAGAUUUAAUAACAUGCAGCAGAUAUAGGCUGGUUGAAGAUCAGAAGUCUUACAUGUGGCAUGAAAUUGGAAUUUGAAAUUACCGUAUAUACUUGAGUAUAAGCCGAGUUUUUCAGCACAUUUUUUGUAAAAAAAAUUGACCCUCAGGGGUUAAAGAAAAAUCAGAUCACAGUAAAAUGAAGUACCGGCCAAUUGAUCACUGCAGUCAGUGAUCAAUUGGCACGGAAGGGGUUAAUUUUAAUUUAAAGGGACACUAUAGUCACCAGAAAAACUACAGCUUAUUGAAUUUGUUCCGGUGAGUAGAAUCAUUACCUUCAGGCUUUUUUGCAGUAAACACUGACUUUACAGAGAAAAUGCAGUGUUUUUAAAUUACAGCCUAAUGAUAACUUCACUAGCCACUCCUCAGAUGGCUGUUAGAGAUCCUUCCUGGGUCAUGGCUGCCUAAAAUGCAUCCAAACAUUCAGUGUCUCCAUCCUCUGCAUGCAGACACUGAACUUUCCUCAUAGAGAUUCAUUGAUUCAAUUCAUCUCUAUAAGGAGAUGCUGAUAGGCCAGGGCUGUGUUUGAAUUGUGCUGGCUCUGCCCCUGAUCUGCCUCUUUGUCAGUCUCACCCAAUCCCAUGCGGAAGCAUUGUGAUUGGAUCAGGCCACCACUUCUGCUGAUGUCAGCAGGCAGUGGGCAGGUCUAAAGCAAACAGGCACAAUGCAAGCAGCUCCAUACUGGAAAACAAGUAAGAUUUACUAUAUUUAGAGGACCAGGGUGGUCAGAUGGUGGUUUUAACCCUAUAGGGUCAGGAAUACAUGUUUGUGUUCCUGACCCUAUAGUGCUCCUUUAAAAUGGGUAAAGGGGGUGGGAUUUUAAACUAACUUUAUUUUUUCUACACAGGGAGAACAUCACUGCUGAUCUGUCUCCCUGCAUUUCACACUGACUGCGGAAGAGCAGGGAGGCGGAUUAGAAGUCCCUGCAUCAUAUGUGCUCGCUCUGAAAGGCUGUCAGAGCGAUCACAGCUGCAGGGACAGCGCGAUCGGGCACUCCUGGUCUGACAGGAGGAGCGUUAAUACAAUGCAAAUAUAAACAAGGCACAGUAUCUUACAUAUAGUUCUGAAUGCGUUAGUCUUUAAGGAAUGUGGUCCUGUAAUUAAAACAAAGAAAACAAACACUAGCACAUUAUUGUCUGAAUAUGAAAGUGAAAGUAAAUAAAAAUAGGUGUUAACACUCACAAAUGUAGAGCCAGUGUUGGCUCAAUCUAUAAGCAUUGUGGGAUUAUUCAGGGUCCCACUCCCUCUUCAGUAUACUGUGGUAUUAAACGAUCAUUGGUAGUAUUCACCACUCCAGUGAUUUUCAAAGUGCUUUAUUUGCCAAACUCUUGUUUAUUAGCAACUCUCUGCACUCCAGUACUCCGUGACAAGUCAGCCUACUGCUUCCAACCUCCAAAGGAGAAACAAAGGGGGAGACUGGGGUUAACUUUAGCACAUGACGGACCUGGUCCGUCAUCCGGAGUUAAGUGAUUCCCCAGGAUGACGGACCGGGUCCAUCAUUCGUCAUUAAGGGGUUAAUGGGUGGCCAGUGAUAGGCUGAAAGCAUGAACUUCCUCUUUCAGCCUAUCACUAUCUUAAUAUCUUCCUUACCAAUGUUGUGGCUGGAACAGGAUACAAAAGAGUUGAGCAUACAGUGCCAAGAGAAUAAGAAAAAUAGUUUAACCCCGUAACGUAAGAGCUUUACACCCCAUAGUGACUUUAGAUGAAGUUGCUAUGAGGGCUAGAGUGCUCCAUUUAGGCCUUUACCAAAGGUGAUGGCUUAUAAGUACAUUAUGUUGUAUGUUGUGAUAUUUGGAUUAUGUAUUAACCACAUAUAGCUCAUUUUACUUUGCAUAUAAUGUUCAAUUAUACUGUUGUUUGGACACUUUUUUUUAUUUAACAAUACUUUUUCCAGCAGAAUACAGGUCAAUUCCUUGCAUUCCAAAGAUUCAGUCUUUGAUAGAAAAAGCCUGGAAGGAAGGGUUCGACCCUCAAGGUGCCUCUCAUUUCAACGGCAGAUUACAGGGCACAAAAGCUUGGAUUGGUGCAUGUGAGAUAUACUGCCUACUGACCUCCCUGGAAAUAAAGUAAGUUCUCUAAAGUUUAUUAUAGCAAAAACAUUUUUUUAGAAAUUAUUUAAAUUGCAAUGUAUUCCCCCUUCUUUAAAUUGUGGGGUUUUACAAAUGCUUUUUCUUUCUUCACUGGUCUGACAACACAGGAUCAAGUUACUUUGGGGACAUAAAUAUCAUUUCAAUAAAAUGUAACAGGGUAAUCUUUUGCUUGGAUAAAAAGUACUUUUCCCCUAUUCUUUUACCUCCUUUAAACAAAAUCUGAUUUAUUUUACUUCGUAAUCAAAUAAUAAAGGAUUGUAAAAGCAGUUUACAGAACUGGCAUGGGUGUUCAUUUUUUCUUGUGGUCUAAACCUACAUUGUUUAAAUCUCCAUAUACUUUAAAACGCUUCCCCUAAGCAGUUUGAGCUUGGGGAAGUCUCAUGAGAUGCACUUUGUUAGAGAAUUCUCAUUCUUUUUUAUCUCUUUUUGAUCUUUGCUGUUUUUGAACAGACUUCAGAGUCCCUGGUGUAGGAAUGGAUGUGAGGUGGCAAAUACCUGGGAAUUUGUGUUUGCCUUCAUUUUAGGUGUCAUGUCAUACACUUUAGUGAUUGAAUCCUGGCACACACUACUCCAAGCAUGCAAUCGACUUGGUUCUGGGGGGUGAAAAAAAAAUCACUUUGUCUGCAGUAGACUGAAAAUGAAUGCUUACAAAAUUCCCCCUUAACACCACCUACACACAACUCUAGUAGCAAAAUCUGCCACAACCAAGGCAAUUUGUGAAUGGGUUGUAUGGUAUGGGUUGCUACAUUGGAGAAACUGGGCUUAAGCUGCAUCUCAGGAUGAAUCUACAUAGACACUAAAUAAAGAACCACGAGGAAAACUGAUAUUGUACCCCUGUUGGUCAUCAUUUCACCAAAUCCAAAACCUCAGGAUUAAAGUUCUUAAAGGGAAUUUCAAAGACUCUUAUGAACGAAAGACAUUUUGAAAUGAAAAUGAUCACACAUUUCAACACCAGAAAUGAAGGACUUAAAGGACCACUCUAGGCACCCAGACCACUUCAGCUUAAUGAAGUGGUCUGGGUGCCAGGUCCCUCUAGGAUUAACCAUUUUUUUAAAUAAACAUAGCAGUUUCAAAGAAACUGCUAUGUUUAUAAAAUGGGUUAUUCCAGCCUCUAAAGCCUCUAGUGGCUGUCUCAUUGACAGCCGCUAGAGAUGUUUGCGUGCUUCUCACUGUGAAAAUCACAGUGAGAAGACGCCAGCGUCCAUCGGAAAGCAUUAUAAAUGCUUUCCUAUGAGACUGGCUGAAUGCGCGCGCAGCUCCUGCCGCGCAUGCGCAUUCAGCCGAAGAGGAGGAUCGGAGGCAGAGAGGAGGAGGAGAGCUCCCCGCCCGGCGCUGGAAAAAAGGUAAGAUUUAACCCCUUCCUCUUCCCAGAGCCCGGCGGGAGGGCGGACACUGAGGGUGGGGGCACCCUCAGGGCACUAUAGUGGUCCUUUAUUGUCGACUCUAGGCUUUCUCAUACACUGCCAACACUUUAUAUAAGCACACAUAUUAAUGUCUUGUAUAGUUUUUUUUUCAGUAUUCUCACUUCACCUUUAUUGGGUCAAUUUACAUACAUACAUAUAUGCAGCUAUAUGUUUGCAUACCCUGCUCUGCUGUUUUUUGUUUGUUUGUUUGUUUUUUGUUUUUCUUUUCAAUUAGCUUAUUGACUCUCCUCUGUUUAUUUACUUUUUCUUACUAUUCUCAGCCAACCUACACCUUUCACCUUCAGGCACAUCUUCUGCUUCUUAGGACACUCCACUCAAACCACCUCCUUCCCCUUCUCUAACAUCAGUUGUUUUAAAGGGAUACCAUAGUCACCAGAACAACUACAGCUUAUUGAAUUUGUUCUGGUGAGUAGAAUCAUUGCCUUCAGGCGUUUUGCUGUAAACACUGUCUUUUCAGAGAAAAUGCAGUGCUUACAUUACAGCCUAGUGAUAACUUCACUGGCCACUCCUCAGAUGGCUGUUAGAGAUCCUUCCUGGGUCAUGGCUGCCUAAAAUGCAUCCAAACAUUCAGUGUCUCCUCCCUCUGCAUGCAGACACUGAACUUUCCUCAUAGAGAUUCAUUGAUUUAAUUCAUCUCUAUGCGGUGAUGCUGAUUGGCCAGGGCUGUGUUUGAAUCUGCCCCUGAUCUGCCACUUGUCAGUUACAGCCAAUCCUGUGGGGAAGCAUUGUGAUUGGAUCAGGCUACCACUUCUGAAGAUGUCAGCAGACUGCUUGUUUUUCUUUGAGGCAAACAGCAUGCAGAUCUACAGCUUCUGGUUGAAUACAGUAAGAUUUUGCUAUAUUUAUAUUUUAUGAGGGGCCCAGGGGGGCUAGAUGGUGGUUUUAACACUAUAGGGUCAGGAAUACAUGUUUGUGUUCCUGACCCUAUAGUGAUCAUUUAAGUGUUCUCCUCUAUCAGAUUGAUUUGUAUUGCUUCAGACCUGAGGAAGAGAAGAAAACUCUCGAGGCUUGUCUUUGAACUUAUUAUAUUAGUCCAAUAAAAAAAGGUAUCAUUGCAUACUGCAAUACUCUGAUAUUUUGUCAUUAUAAAUAUAUAUAUGUGUGUGUGUGUGUGUAUAUAUAUAUAUAUAUAAUAUAUUUUAAAAAAUUGAUCAAUUGAUUUACUUGCACAAAACAAACAAAUUCUAUGGUGAAAUUAGACCAUUGACCUCAAAGCCUUUACCCUAUCUCCAGCGUCUAAACUGGCUCUGAGAAGGUAUAGGGCAGAAGGUAGGCUUGACCAUAGGAAACUUAGGGUGCCUACACCUGCCCUCUCCCUCUAACAUUUUGGCUAAUUUAAACAACAAUCUUGUGGCGGGACCGCUGCCUGUUUGUGAAUUGCUGUGUGCCAUUUCUUGUGUUUUCCUCUAUAUUGUGCUGUAUUCAUGUGUUUUACCUGCUCCCCAUUUGGGAGUCUCCAUACGAAAGGGUUCUGUUCUCCUCCCGAACGGGGACCACCUCGAUAGCCCAUUUAGAAUGUUUUUAUAGAAUGUUCACACCUCGCUAACGAGGUGUGAAAACCACAAACCGCAAAAGAAGCCUCGGCGCGUGCCGACCUUGGGUGGCGGCCCAUUCGUUAAACGAACGCCAUCCGGGGGAGGCAUUCACAGAUUAUUUCCCACCUCGUUUGGCUCCUGAACGAGGAUCUCCCUAGUGCUCCUUGGAGUGAUCACACCAAUCAAUUAGAACGUUAGCACCUUGCAACAUCAGUGUGAAACUGCAAGGGAAGUAAUUGAGUGCUUCCCUGGGUGGCCUCCGUUCGUACAGACAAACGCCAGCCAGGGGGAGCAUUCGUGUCCAGAAAGGAGAUGCUUCCCUUGCCUGGUUUCACCCAGGGACCCAGUGAAAGGAGAUGGUGUAAAGUUUGACAGGGACAACUUUGUGCCUGGUUUCAAAGAAAGAAUUUACUUUGCAAAUUUUUUCCUGUGAUCUGACACAUAGCAUAUUCCUACAGAACCAAAUGAAUCAUUCUAGUUCUGUUAUCAGCCAUACCACUACACAUCAUAUUUAUGAACAACAUUUCUACAGGAAAGAAAAAAAAAAAAAACAUGAUCGCUGGGCAUGACACACAUUACAAUGGAAGGAAGGAUUUUUGCCACACUGACAAAAAAUGACUGCUCCACCCAUGGCGUGAUAUAUCUCAGACCAAGAUCCACCAUUAUGUGAUGAAUUCCUAUCCAUAUGAUCCACCCAUGUCAUGACAUCACAUAUGCUCCACCACUUUUCUAUUCUUUUCAUUAUUAAAAAGGUUUAUAUAUUGCAAUUAAGUUAGCUAGUUGGAAUAGUGGAGACUAGCUUUUCCUUGCUAAAGAUUUUUUUUUACCAAUCAAAUCCAGAGGGAAAACAGAGCUGGAGAAUUUUUUUCAGAUAAUUUUUUUUGCCUCCAUUUAGAUUUAAUUAGCAAAAUGGAAAGUGGGACCCCAAUCUGAAGUUAAUUUUUGUAGUUAUUUUUUACUAUCCAUAUGUGUGAGUACUUCUCAUUAUUUAGAUUUUGAAAGCGGCAAUGGUUUUUAUUUUUAAUUUAUUGUACACUACAUUUACAAGGAAGAAUAGAGUUUCACAGUCAAUAUCCCAUUCUCUGGAAGAAAAUAAGAUUCUAAUUCUCUGUGCAUAGUCUGGGUUUAGCUUCAGGAUUUUAUUUAGCGUUUACUGACCUGUAAUAUUUUCAAUGUAUUAUUUUGUUACAGGUGUCAGAUACUUGAUUUCCAUAAACCAAGCAGUCCAUCAGGAACACACCCGCUCUUGUUUGAGUGGAUUCAAAACUUCUACUCUUCUGGUGACUCAUGCAGUAAUGGGCGGGUGAUAUGUACUUCCAAACCUGCUAUUUACCUUCAGCAUCAAGGUACAACACUCUUCAUCUCCUUCUCUUACUUGCAUGCUCAGCUGUUGGUAUAAUUAUAUGCAACAUCGUUAUAUAAUUGGUGAACAUGCCUGACAUUUAAAAGGGCACUCUAGUCACCGGAACAACUACAGCUUAUUUUAUUUGUUCUAGUGAGUAUAAUCAUUCCCUUCAGGUUUUUGGCAGUAAACACUGUAUUUUCAGAAAAAAGGGCAGUGUUUACAUUACAGCCUAGGGAUACCUGAACUGAACCACUUCUCAGAUGACCAGAUGAGAGGAUGCAGCCAGAUCCAAACAGGCUGGGUGGUUAUCCUAGGUUCUCCCCUGGAGUUGUGAUAUCAGGAGUUCCAGAGGGACUCCUUCAGAUAUCUGCUAGUGCCAACUAAACGUUUAGCACUAGCGGUGAUUUCAGCAGGUGGUGAGGGGCAGACCUCAAUUUACUCCUUGGAGGAAGUGAUCUCAGAUCACUGCCUCCCAGCACAUGCGAACGGGAAUCCGGACUUGAAUAGUGCAGCAUGCAGAAGCCACUGUCCUUAACCUGAAAACCAGCCAAAAAGACAGACAGACACACAUAUAUAUGCAGAAGAAACCUCCCCCACACACAAAUAAUAAUAAAAUAAACACACACAAACCCCAAGCAGCACCCACAUAUGCACAUAACACACACACACACACACUACCACAAGCUCGUAUACAAACAUAUAACAUGAUCCGCUGCCCACAUACAUAUGUAUUACAGACAAUAUCACAGAAUGUUCAUGCACAAUACAAAACAGCAUUUAUAUGCACAAAUACAACCAUAAAAAGCAACUGCACACCCAUACAUAACAAGCAGAAUGCGGCAACUCGCUGAGGAACGUCAAUGUCCUUUUUUGGCACAGUGCUACUAAAAGGUUGCCUAACCCUUGUGUAGAUACAAGCUACUUCUUAUGUAGUUUGAUUUCCCUCCUCUUUUAGAUUAUUAUUGGUAUUUAUAUAGCGCCAAACUAAUUCCGCAGCACUUUACAAUAUUAUGAAGGGGUGGAAGUUUUACAAUAAAUUAGACUAUUACACAGAGACACGUGAACAAUAUGUAGAUGAGGACCCUGCUCAAACGAGCUUACAAUCUAGAGGAGGUGGGGUAUAAAAACACAAUAGUGUGACAGCCACCAAACAAGAUGGAAAAGUAGCAGAACUGGAGUUGAAAGUGGAGUGUGGCUCUCUAGGAGAGCAAGAGACCGGUAUGGAUAAGUAAAGUUAAGUUAUGGUAGUCCAUAAGCAUUUCUGAAUAGAUGUGUUUUUAGAGACUUCUAAACUAGGGGAGAGUCAGAUGGGGGUAAGCAGGCUGUUCCAAGCCGCCCGCGAAAAGUCCUGCAAUUGCGAAUUAGCAGUAAGAGUGCGAGCAGCGGACAGGACAAGGUCACCGGCAGGGCGGAGUGACAGAGCAGGAGCAUAUCUAUGACUCAAUUAAGAAAUGUAACCGGGGCUAGAGUUUAAAGUUUUAUAGGUAAGGGUUAGUAUUUUGAAUUGACACAGAAAGCCAGUGUAUGUAUUUACAGAGGGGGCAAGGUAUGGAAGGAGCGACUGGUGGGAAAGAUCAGCCUGGCGGCAGCAUUCAUUACAGAUUAUAGCAGGGCAGUUCAGCUUCUGGGGAGACCAACAAGGAGAGAAUUAGAGUAAUCCAUGCGAGAGAUUACCAGAGUAUGAACACGCUCCUUGGCAGCCUCUUACGUGAGAAAGGGGUAAUGUUUUAGAGGUUGAAUCAACAGGUUUUAGCAGCAUACUGGAUAUGAGGCUCAAAGGUGAGGCCAGGAUCAAAGAUAACACCAAGACAACCAGCUUGCAAGUACCAUCAAUUUGCAGGGAUUGCGAAAGAGGAGGAUCAGCAUUAUGAGGAUGAAAAAAUAAGAAGCUCAAUUUUAGAAAGAUUGAGUUUCAGAAAGCGAGAGGACAUCCAAUCAGAGAUUGAAGAAAGGCAAGCAGUGACACAUUGUGUAGGACCGUAGGGGAGGAGAGAUAUAUCUGGGUGUCGUCGGCAUUCAAAUGGUAGUGGAAUCCAAAGGAGUUAAUGAGUUUGCCAAGGGAGAACAGAAGGGGACCAAGAACAGUUCCUUGGGGGACUCCAAAUGAGACAGAAUGAGGGGAGGUGGUGUCAUUUCAAAAGGAGACACUGAACGAAUGUUGGGAGAGAUAGGAGAACCAUGAGAGGACAGUGUCACAGAGACCAAGGGAUUGAAUAGUUUGGAGAAGUAGGACAUGAUCAACAGUGUCAAAGGCAGCAGAGAGGUCAAGAAAAAUUAGUAUGAAGUAGUGGCCUUUGGAUUUAGCUGUGAUUAGGUCAUUUGUAAGAGCAGUCUCUCAGUAGAGUGUAGGUGGCAGAAGCCAAGUUGAAGAGGAUCGAAGAGGGAGUUGGAAUUUAGGAAGUAAGUCAUGCGAGUAAAGACAAGUCUUUCUAAUAGCUUUGAGGAAAAAGAGAAGCAGGGAUAUGGGACAAUAGUUGAAAGGGGAAGACGGGUGAAGAUGAGCCAGCAAAACUUUUCCUACAGUUGCUGCAUUUGUAUUUUUUCUACUGUUUGUAUUGCUCGAUAGCAUUUGUUUCAAAGCUUCUAAACAUUACUAUUAUUUUUGCCACUGUAUGAGCAUUAUUUACUGUAUAACCAACUUUAGCAUCAUUUUUACUUUAGUCUGGAUGUUCUAGAUUUAUGCAUAACUCGUGUAUGUUUUAUCAUAUUCCAUGUUUUACUGUAUGGCAAAUUGACACUAUAGUCGCCUAGACAACUUUAACUUAAUGAAGCAAUUUUAGUGUAUAGAUCAUGCUUCUCAGGUUUCACUGCUCAAUUCACUGCAAUUUAGGAGUCAAAUCACUUUAUUUCUGUUUAUGCAGCCCUUGUCACACCCCCUCUGACUCUGAUUGACACAGCCUGCAUGAAAAAAACUGGUUUCACUUUCAAUCAAUGUAAUUUACCUUUAACAAUUGCAGCUCUUUCUCUGUAAAUUGAACUUUAACCACAUACAGGAGGCUCUUGCAGGGUCUAGCAAGCUAUUAAGAUAACAGGGAAUAAUAAAAUCUAAAUUAAACAGAUCUUGCAAUAAAGGAAGUAUAAACUUUAGAUGACUCUUUACAGGAAGUGUUUAGGAAGGCUGUGCAAGUCACAUGCAGUGUGGUGUGACUAGCUUUCAUAAACAAAGUGAUUUAACUCCUAAAUGGCAGAGAAUUGAGCGGUGAGACUUCAGGGAUAUGAUCUAUACACCAAAACUGCUUCAUUAAGCUAAAGUUGUUUUGGUGACUAUAGUGUCCCUUUAAACAAUAUGAAAUCUACAGGAGCUUUACAUAAGUAAAAAUACUGGAAAUGUUUUUUUUUUCUUAUUUCUGCAGGUCAUAGUCGGACGAUUGUGGGAAUAGAAGAGCGGAAAAAUAAAAGCUAUUGUCUUUUAAUAUUUGAUCCUGGAUGUCCAGUUGAAAGUAUGCGUAAGCUGCUGAGGCAGAAUAUAGAUGGAACAGCACUUAAAUCCCUCCGUAAAUAUAUUGGGAGCUUAAAACAUAAGCAAUACCAGAUAGUGGCAGUAGAUGGAGUAUUAUCUGCAGAGGAAAAGGCUGUAAGUAUUCUGGUUGUUUAUUUAGCAUAUAUAUUUUGACUAACAGUUUUUCAACAGAAAGUGAUGUUCAUAUAAUUUUUAUAGACGUCAUCUUAAAAAAAAUGUUAAAUUAUAUCUGCCAUGCAAAAAUCACAUGUUAAAACUAUAUUUAAAAAAAAUCACAAAAUUGAGGGGAAUAAAGUGAAGAGUGCAAACACACGAAUAUGAGAAGGUACACUAAACAGAUCAAUGAAGCAAAACGUAUUAUCUUAAAUGAUAAUACGUUUUAAGAUAUGUUCAGGAACACAAUCCUAUAGUGUUAAACUAACUAGCCUACCUUUCCCCCCCAUAAAAGGAUGCUAUCGGCACCCAGACCACUUCAGCUUGUUGAAGUGGAAAAAUUCGAAAUGCCUCGGUUUACGAAUUUUUUUCGCAAUACGAAACAAGUGUCCCGGUUUAUAGCUCCGCUCCCCUGCAUACUGGAGUCUGGGUAGCACCUGAGUGUGGAGGUUUUGGAGCGAUUUGCAGCAAGUUUUGGAGCCAUUUGCAGCAAGCUGUGGAGCCUUGUGGAGCUUUUUGCAGCAAGUUGUGGAGUCUUUUUGGUGCAUAUCAAGAGGUGGAAAGGUAGGGAGCUGAGCUUAGUUGUUUGCAUGCCUUUCACUGUGUGUUCUGCAUUGUCGGGUGAUUUCCAUGCCAGCUCAUGUGCUUUGCAUGCCUGUUACUGUGUGUUUUGCAAUGUGGGGUUGUUUUCCAUGCCAGCUCAUGUGGUGUGCAUGCCUGUUACAGCUCAUGUGCUGUGCAUGCCUUUUACUGUGGUUUCCAUGCCAGCUCAUGUGCUGUGCAUGCCUUUUACUGUGGUUUCCAUGCCAGCUCAUGUGCUGUGCAUGCCUGUUACAGCUCAUGUGCUGUGCAUGCCUUUUAUUGUGGUUUCCAUGCCAGCUCAUAUGCUGUGCAUGCCUGUUAUUGUGUGUUUUGCAUUGUGGGUUUGCUUUCCAUGCCAGCUCAUGUGCUGUGCAUGCCUGUUACUGUGUGUUUUGCAUUGUGGGGUUGUUUUCCAUGCCACCUCAUGUGCUGUGCAUGCCUGUCACAGCUCAUAUGCUGUGCAUGCCUGUUAUAGUACUGUACUGUGUGUUUUGCAUUGUGGGGUUGUUUUCCAUGCCAGCUCAUGUGGGUGUAAAGCAUUUUUUUUUUUUUUUUGCAUACUUAGUGACGGUGGUGUCAGAGAAAAUACAGUGUUUACAUUACAUCCUAGUGAUAACUUCACUGGCCACUCCUCAGAUAGCUGUUAGAGAUCCUUCCUGGGUCAUGGCUGCCUAAAAUGCAUCCAAACAUUCAGUUUCUCCUCCCUCUGCAUGCAGACACUGAACUUUCCUCAUAGAGAUGCUGAUUGGCCAGGACUCUGUUUGAAUCAUGCUGGCUCUGCCCCUGAACUGCCUCCUUGUCAGUUACAGCCAAUCCUAUGGGGAAGCAUUGUGAUUGGAUCAGGCUACCACUUCUGAUGAUGUCAGCAGACUGCUUGUUUUUUUGAGGCAAACAGCAUGCAGAUCUACAGCUUCAGACUUGAAUACAGUAAGAUUUUGCUAUAUUUAUGGAGGCAUGAGGGGCCCAGGGGGGCUAGAUGGUGGUUUUAACACUAUAGGUGUUUUUGUGUACCUGACCUUAUAGUGAUCCUUUAAAAUUUUAUGUGUUAACGUGAAGCAAUUGUUUUUUAAAAAAAUAACUUUCAAAAAAACUUGAUAUAUAAAGUGCAUAAGUGAAGCUCUAUUUUUUUAUUAAAGUAAACUAUAAAAUGUGUCAAGUGCACAUAAAUAAAUUACACUAUAAUUAAUCAGGUGUAACAAUACAAUUACAGUGGGACCUCGGUUUACAAAUUUAAUGCAUGCUACGGGAUGUUUCUUAUUGCGAAAAUUUUGUAAACCAAAACGCGGUUUACCAUAGGUAUGCAUUGAAAACCAAUUAAUCCAUUCUGGAGGUUAGAAAAAAGUCAAAAUGAGCUGGCAUGGAAACCAACCCACAAUGCAGAACACACAAUAAAAGGCAUGCAAAUGACGAAGCUCAGCUCCCUACCUUUCCACAGCUUGAGAAAUGCACCAAAAAGUCUCAAAACAACUGAAAACAAUUCCCAGAAUGGCUCCAAAACUCGAUGCAAAAGCCACUCCAACACCUCCACACUCGACGUGGCGAGGCUCCAGCAUGCAGGGGGCGGUGCUAUAAACCUCCCAGGUGCAACUUGCUUUGUAUUGCGAAAUUUUUUUGUAAACCAAGGCAUUAUUUUCAAUGGAUUUUCAUUUGUAAACCGAAAAUUAUGUUAACCGAGUCAUUUGUAAACCCAGGUCCCACUGUAACUAUAUUAAUAUUAGAUAGCCGCAACAGAAGAAUAAAGUAGCCGUACUUUGAUCAGAAAGACAGUUUUCAGCGUGAUUAGAAAUCUGUAACUAGCAACUUAGGUUCUUGCAGUUCAGACAGUUCAGGUACUCAUCUGACAGGAAAAGACGGAUCUUCCUUUCUAUUUAACUUGUCUGAUCAGCUAUCUGCUAUGAGCUACUUAGGUUUAGCAGUCCAGGUUAGAUCAGUGAUUUAUUUGACAGGGCUGUUCUCUCCACGAUUUAUUUAGUUUAUUAUCCUGAGUCUCCACACCCCCAAUGUUUCGGUACCAACCGGAUGCCUUUAUCAAGGGUACCUGUAUCCAUGUUCUAGAGGACUUUAUAAACGGACACAUUAGAACAUGGAUACAGGUACCCUUGAUAAAGGCAUCUGGUUGGUGCCAAAACGUUGGGGGUGUGGAGACUCGUGUUUCUGUCCUGAGGCUGGUUAGAAUCUUUUUGACAUUGUAAUAUUGUAUUUGCCCUUGCUUCAUUCAUCAUUUAUUUUUUUAUAUUUGUUUGAUUGUAGUAUAUUUUGUAUACAAUAAAUUUAUGCUUUUGAUUAUUCAUAGUUGUUAUGGCGUGCAUUCUGUAUAUUGCAAAGGCAUUAGAUUUAGUCAGGUUCUGCACUAGCCAUUUUCUCUGUUUCAAUUAUUAUUUAAUAUUUGGACAGUAAUGCUAUAGAUAUGUCUGGUUAAUAGUGCUUAUGCUUUCCUAGCUUCCAAGGCUUGCCAGCACUGGUUAAAUAUGUUUUUUCUGUACUAGCAAAGAUGAUUCACUUAGCUACCUUCAGAGGUAGCCACUUUAAUCCACAUUGCAUUGCUAUUCAAAGCUCUUAGCAAUACUGGCUAAUUAGAUACAUUGUCUCCACGAUCACAUUCUUUUGGAGAAGCAGCUAUAGUGUUUCUUUCAUCAUUCCUAGCAGUCACUGCACGGAUUCCAGCAGGAUAAUUAACAGCUUUAUUACUGUCUAUACAAAUUAUCACGCUUGAGGAAAUACCUGUUUUUUAAUAUGUAUUUUUGUAUAUACUUCCCUUUCUAUACCUAUGUCUCUACCCCCUUCCUUUUUGGUUUGAUGUUGUGUUAUUUACCAAGAGCUAGACAUCCCUCUAGCCCUUUUUAUUUGAUAUAUUAAAAGUAAAUUUUUAACAAUCAUAUAUGCCACUGGACAGUUCAGUCUUUUUCUGUUUUUUCAUUCAAUUCUAAGGGUUAUCCCCUAUUAUAACUGUCCUCAGUAUUUUAUAUUUGUUUCAGUUUUUAUUUGAACUAAUUAAUUAGCCACAACAUUACAACCACCUGCCUAACAUUGUGUAGGUCCCCCUCGUGCUGUCAAAAGAGCUUUGAUGCAUGGACUCCACAAGUUGUCUGAACAUGUCCUGUGGUAUCUGGCACCAAGGCAUGAGCAGCAGAUCCUUUAAAUCCUACUAGUUGCAAGGCAGGGCCUCUAUGGAUCUGAUUAGUCGUUAUAGCAAACCCCACAGAUGCACAAUCAGAUUGAGAUCUGGGGAAUUUGGAGGCCAUGGCAAAAGUUGAACUCUGUCAUGUUCCUCAAAACAUUUCUGAAUAAUUUUUGUAGUAUGGCAGGAUGCAUUAUCCUGCUUAGAGAGGCCACUGCCAUCAGAGAACACCAUUACCAUGUAGAGGUGUACGUAGUCUGAAACCAUCUCUAGGUAGGUGGUAUGUGUCAAAGUAACAUCCAGAUGAAUGACAGGACUUGAGGUUUCACAGCAGAACAUUGCCCAGAGCAUAACACUGCCUUCUUCCCAUAAUGUAUUCUGCUGUGAUCUCUUCCCAGGUAAACUACACACAUGCAACUGGCCAUCCGCCUGAUCUAAAAAAUGUGAUUCAUCAGACCAGGCAAAUUAAUUCCUUUACUCCAUUGCCCAUUCUGACUCACAUGUCCCCAUUGAAAGCACUCUCAGCGAUGGACCGUGGGAACUCUGGCCCGUCUGCAGCUACCUAGAUCUUUACACCGCAAUAUGCAUUGCAUUGUGCAUUCUGACUAAUUUCUAUUAUUGCCAGCAUUGUUUUCCAUCAAUUUGAGCUACAGUAGCUGUUUGGUGUGAACUAUAAGCUGCAUCAAUGAGUCUUGGGCACUCAUGACCCUGACACUGGUUCAUCUGUUGUCACCACUUUUAAAAGGAUCUGACAACUGCAUACCGUGAACAUCCCACAAGAUUUGUCAUUUUGGAGAUAAUCUGACCCAGUCGUCUAUCCAUCACUAUCUGACCCUUGAACAGACUGUUCAUUUGCUGCAUAAUAUAUUCCACCCCAUGACAGGUGCCAUUGUAAUGAUAUAAUUAUUCACUUCACCUGUCAGUGAUUUUAAUCUUGUGGCUGCUCAGUGUAGUUGUACAUCCUCCAUUUUCUUCCAUCUCCACACAUGAUCUCUAGCUAUUACCCAGGGUGACCAAGUUCUUUGUCAUCUCUCUUACCAAUGUCCUUCUCCCCCAAUUGCUGGAUUGGUCGUAAAAGUGUAGAACAUCUCAAAGAUGACCCACAGAAACUAGAGGCUUCCUAGCUAAAUUUCAAGUGUCAUAGCAAGGGGUCUAAAUACUUAUGAAAUAUUUCAGUUUUUAUGUUAACAUAAACUGCAUAGUUUAAAAAAAAUAUAUCUAGUUUUUGAUUUGUCAUUAUGGGCUUUUGAAUGUAGUUUGACGUAAAAAAAAAAAAUUAAAACAACUGCAGUAUAAGGCUGCAACAUAAAAUGUGAAAAUAACAAUGAAUGCACACAUGACACACACACAUAUAUAUACAGACACAUACAUACAAACACACAUGCACCCUUCUGUUUCCUACCUUUUAGGUGCAGGAGGGUGACUUCCCUAGGGUCCAGUGGCUGGCUGCAGCUGAUGCGAGUAAGAGUUAGCACUCUGACUCCCUCCUCUUUUUCUCCCAUGCGGCUCGGUUGUUGCUGGGUGGAAGUGACCAAGGCAGUCACUUCCUCCCAUCAUCUGACCUCAUCACAGGGGGCCCGGUCACGCUAUUAAAGAUCCAGCAUACUUACUCAUCCACUAAACAGCAACUUCAAAGCUCACAGAUUUUAUUAGUUCUUUAUUUUUUUAAAAACACAUAAUGUAGGCAAAAAUAAUGGUGGUUUAGUUACAGUAUAUGAUCAUCCAUUGCAUAAGCCUGUCACAAUGUCAAUGUACCCCCUCUUUGGCAGAUCCUACUCUAACAACCUAAUGUACACUCUUAUGAGAUUAACCCACUGGGGCUCUCUGCAGUACAAAGUUAAAUAGGGCCAAGGAGUUGUCACACGCAGACAACAUGAAUGGAUGCACUAAAUAAAUGUAAAUAAAAAAAAAAAAAGUCCAAAAACAGACACAACACCAGAGUUAUCAAAAAGAGUUGAAUAAAAUGUUUUUAAGGUUCUUUUAAUAUUUUUAAAAGAUGUGAACAUAUUCACAGUCUUCUACCCUGUAACCCAAAAUACUUUAAUGUUGUUUUAGCUGUUUACUUUAGCAUACUAAGAGCUAUUUUAUUCGUAAUAUUGUUAUGUCUGUAUACUAUCUGAGGUUUAUUGUGAAUAUGGUAAUGUAAUAAAUCUUAUUGCAUAAUCUAAUGUUUCUCUACAGUAUUCUUAAAGGAACAUUCCAAGCACCAUAACCACUAUAAGACGCUGUAGAGAAUAUGGUGCCAGGAAGCCCCCUAAUGAUGUCCAAGGGUACAUCAAUAAACUAUUUAACCCCUUCCCGACCCAGGACGGUUCAGGACCGUCAUCGGGAUUUUCCCAUUGCGGACCGAUGACGGUCCUGAACCGUCCUAACGGUUUCCGUUACUUACCUGAUCGCCGUCGUUCCCCCGGCAGCGAUCAGCGUGGCUCCGGUUGUGGGGAGACUGCCUGCAGCCCAGACAGUCUCCCAACACUGAUUUAGGACCCCUGUGGCCAUGUGAUCGCUUAACACAGCGAUCACAUGGUCACAAUAGGUGUCCUAGUGUCUGCCUGCAGGGGGACUGUCUGUGCUGACAGGCAGUCUCCCUGCUAGUGUAAAAUCAAAAAUAAAAUAAAGUUAAUGUUAAUAAAAAAAAUAAUAAUUAUAUAUGUGUAUAUAUGAUAUAUAGACAUAUUAUAUCUAUAUAAUAUAUGUCUAUAUAUCAUAUAUAUAUAAUGCCAUACUAAGUGUAUUUUUAUAUUAAUAUGUACUUAUAUUAAUAUAAAAAUACACUUAUAAUUAAAUUACACACGUAUAUAUAAUAUAUAUAAUAACUAUAUAUAUUGUAUAUAUAUAUUAUUAUAAAAUAUAAAUAAUAAGUAAUUUAAAUUAAAUAAAAAUUUUUUUAAAUAAUAAUAAAAAAUUUAAAAAAAUUAUAUAGCUAUAUGAAAUUUUAUUCUAACUGUAUUUUAAAAUUAAUAUAUAUAUAUUUAUAUCAAAAUACACUUAGAAUGAAUUUGUAUAUAUAUCUAUGUAUAUAAAAAUAAAUAAAAAUAAUAAUUACAUAUGUCCAUAUACAAAAUUACAUUAUAUAACUUAUACGUAGACUUCAAAUAUAUAAAUAUGCAUAUAUAUUUAAAUUCGAUGCGUAUUUAUAUUAAUAUAUUUUUACAUAAUUCAGUAAUUUUAUUGAUUGCAAUUUGAGGGACCUGCCUGCCAACGGGCGAAAUUCAGAGAAUUUAAUUUGCUAUACUGUAUUUUUACCCUGUAACGUUCUCACGACACCCUAAAACCUGUACAUGGGGGUACUGUUUUACUCGGGAGACUUUCGCUGAACACAAAUAUUAGUGAUUCAAAACAGUAAAACAUAUCCUGGCGAUGAUAUUGUCAGUGAAAGUUACUUUUUUUGCAUUUUUCACACACAAACAGCACUUUUACUGAUGAUAUAAUUGUUGUGAUACCUUUUCCAGUUUUCCACUAAUAUUUGUGUUCAGCGAUGUCUCCCGAGUAAAACAGUACCCCCCAUGUACAGGUUUUAUAGCAUUUUUGAAAGUUACAAGGUCAAAUAGAUGGGUCAAAUAUUUUUACAUUGAAAAUGGCCAGGUUGGUUACGUUGCCUUUGAGAGCGUAUGGUAGCCCAGGAAUGAGAAUUACCCCCAUGAUGGCAUACCAUUUGCAAAAGAAGACAACCCAAGGUAUUGCAAAUGGGGUAUGUCCAGUCUUUUUUAGUAACCACUUGGUCACAAACACUGGCCAAAAUUAGCGUUCAAUUUAGUUUUUUUACUUUUUUCACACACAAACAAAUAUGAAUGCUUACUUUGGCCAGUGUUUUCGACUAAGUGGCUACUAAAAAAGACUGGACAUACCCCAUAUUGAAUACCCUGGGUUGUCUACUUUAAAAAAUAUAUGUACAUGUGGGGUGUUAUUCAGAGAUUUAUGACAGAUAAUAGUGUUACAAUGUCACUAUUGAUAAAUUUUAAAAAUGUAUGUUUUGAAACCGCAAUAUCCUACUUGUACCUAUAGCCCUAUAACAUGCAAAAAAAAGCAAAAAAGCACGUAAACACUGGGUAUUUUUAAACUCAAGACAAAAUUUUGAAUCUAUUUAGCAGUUUUUUUCAUUCGCUUUUGUAGAUGAGUAAAAGAUUUUUCAAGUAAAAGUCAAAAAACAUGUAUUUUUUUCAAUUUAUCAUAUUUUUUUAUUUUUUUUUAAAUUAAAAUACAUGAGAUUAUAUAAAUAAUGGUAUGUAAAGAAAGCCCCUUUUGUCCUGAAAAAAACAAUAUAUAAUUUGUAUGGGAACAGUAAAUGAGAGAGCGGAAAAUUACAGCCAAACACAAACACCACAAAAGUGUAAAAAUAUGCCUGGUCGCAAAUGUACAACAUCGCAAAAACAGUCCAGUCCUUAAGGGGUUAAACAACUUAACUGUGUUGUGCUGGGUACCUGCCCCCUGCUGAAAAAAAGCUCAGUUCUUUGCCAAUAACCUGGCAAUUCACAGAUCCAGAGGAGGAUGCGCUUGGCAGACCCCAUGUGAGUUUUCAAACUGUUCUAAACAGUUUGUCUAUUUACUCUGAGAGGAUGCCAGGGCACUAAUCUGAUCAGCCUUGAAAAUAAAUGAAGUUAAAUCUGCUUAAAAUUAAAGCUUACUGCAUAAUAUUUUGUUGUUUUUUCUUAUCUCUUGUUUUUGGACUUCUCUCUAUUGUACCUUGCCCUGUGCCUUGCAACAAAGUUUAUUUUGGUUUAUUCGCAGCAUCCUAGAGAAAGUAAUAAUUAAUCCAAAAAGAUUUACACAUAAUCUUUCCUCGGAUUCUAGCAGAAUCAUUCACAAGUGUGGAAAUUGAGAAGUAGCUGAACUUUAAAGAGAUUCUAUAGUGUCAGGAAAACAAAGCAGUUUUCCUGGAACUAUAUGCUCCUGCAGUGCCCCCCUUCCUUGCGUCCUCACUCCUGAGGCGCUUAAGGGGUUAAAACCCCUUCAGGAUUAAAGGGGUUAAAACCAUUUACCUAAGUCCAGCGCCAGUGUCCCUCGGCUCUGGGUCAGGCUCCGCCCAUGCUCCUGGUCGCGCUUGCAUUAAGAUACGCAGAGCGUGGGGACGUCCAGCAUAAGAUAACGGAUCAAAGGUCCCUUUUGAUUCCGUAAGUCCCUCUAGUGGCUGUCUGGUAGUCCCUCUAGUGGCUGUCUGCACAGCACAGACAUUUUCUAUUUCAGCAAUUAUCACCUUAAAUUGGAAAUUCUCUUUGAAUUCUCACUUUAGCGAAUAACACUGUAAGUCUCUCCAUCUUGUUGAUGAAUGUGUAUGUUGCAAAAUUUAUCUAAGGUGUCAUUUUGUUUUUCAUUUAUUCUUCCACCUUAAAACCAAUUAGCAGAAUUGUAACUUUGUACAUCUAUGUAAAAGGACAUUCCUGGUACAUAAGAUGGAAGAAUCCUGAAAUAAUCUUGUUAUUCUUCUGAAGUACCGCUCCAGCCUACAUAUUACACUUGGAAAACUACCUCUACUUGUUUCUGAGAUGUACAUGUUUUCCAUAGCCCAAUUUGUCUUUCAUUAACGAAGAGUGCUUCUCAUUAAUCUUCUCCUACCAUGGCGUUGGCCACUAUGUACACAAAGGGAGGUAUUAAAGUACAGUGGGACCUCUGUUUACGAAUUUAAUGCGUUCUCCGGGACGUUUCUUAUUGCGAAAAAUUUGGAAACCUAAACGCGGUUUUCUAUAGGAAUACAUUGAAAACCAAUUAAUCUGUUCUGGAGGUCAGAAAAAAAGUCAAGGGGCGUGGUCUGACCGUCGAUGAGACCAGACGUGCUUCACUAGAGCUCCGUCCCAACGGCGCCAAAAGCAGACAAAAGCGACCUUUUUAAGGCAUUCUCCCCCUUACUAACCUAUGCAGGAUGGAAAAAAGACUCCCCAAGAAACAAGCGAAGAGAACUGCGGAGUCCAGCGGCUCCGUUCUGGACCUGCUCACAGCCCAUCGGCACGGCCGGGCCGACAGCCAAGAUGGCGACGGAACAUCUCCACAUGCGUCGCCCGGCGCAGACAAGGAGGCACUAUCCGCGGAACAAAGCACUGUUCUCGCAAAAUUGGCGGAGGUGAGAUCGUUCCUUGCUGGGGAAAUAGCCAAGUCAACGGCUGUUCUGCAGGCCGACAUAAGUGCCCUGGGAGAGCGCACGGCGAAAUUGGAAGACCGCAUGGAAGCGACAACUCAGGCCCACAAUGAGGCAGCCGACCGGAUAAAUCGCAUGACAAUGCAUAUGCUCGACAUGGAUUUAGCCCUGGAAGAUAUGGCAAAUCGUUCUCGGAGAAACAAUCUCCGCAUAAGAGGCUUGCCUGAGGAGUCGGAUGAAGACCUGCAGGGCCUUUUAACAUCAGUCUUUAGGCCGCUGCUCCCACACAUCCCAGAGGAACAGUGGCACAUGGAGAGAGCUCACAGGGCGAUGAAAACGCAGAGGGCCGAGGCCAACGCCCCGAGGGACGUAAUAAUAAAAUUCCUCUACUUCAAAACAAAAGAAGCCCUGAUGAAAAAGAGUCGUGAAGGGCCGAUCCGGCACGCCGGAGCCACAAUAUCUUUUUUCCAAGACCUGGCUCCCUCGACAUUACAACGGAGGAGAGACUGGCGGCCCAUAACCGGGGCUCUGCGAGGAGCAGGCCUGAGAUACGCCUGGGGCUUCCCUUUCAGGCUAAUGGUGUUCCGCGAGGGGAGAGCCCACGUCCUGUCACCAGGUGGAGAUCCGAAGCGCUUACUCCAGGGCUUGGGAAUCCAGUCCCCCCCAGACCUACCUGAUCUGACGAUGGGCCCGGCGGAGCUUCCACAACUUCAGACGGAGUGGCGUGGAGUGGGGCCCAGAAGCCAGCGCUAAAGAAUAGCGGUAUCGUAUUCAGAGUGACUCGAUAUGAAUGUUUCUUCUGUCCAAUCCUCUAUUUUUGGUGAUGGGGCCGUUUUUUUCUCGUUUUCUGAUGGGUGGGGGACGCGGGUGUGGGAUCUCAGCAGAGCAUGCAGAGCUUGGGGGGGGUCUCCGGGUGUGUCUCUUGCCUUUUUCUUGGCCAGUCCCGGGAUCUAUAUGUAGCUCAGCGGAUCUGACAGCGCCCCACUACGCCUGUUAUUCCAGAAACACAUUAUCACAUUGUUUGGGUGGGAACGAGGGGGUGGCGGGUCAGUCCCCGGUCUCCCCCCUUUUUACCCCUAUUUUUGUCCCGUGGUCCCUCCUUUUUUCCCCUGCCCACCCCCACCCUUAACAGGGAUGCCUGAGGAUCUCCUGGCCUCCCGUCGGGGCCAUUGGGGCUCUUAGGAUUAAGGGUCUCCUUUCCUAUCGGCCGGUAUCGGGUGAAGACAUCUGAGAGAGACAAUCGGAGGGUAUUAGACACCCCAGGACAGGUUCGGUGUAUCGUUGUGUUAUUCUAUUGUACUGCUGGUGCGAUCACCGGAUCUAUGCAGAGUUAAAUGGAGGUUGCGGGAGGGUGAUAUCAUCCCCUUUUUUGUCUGUCUCUAACCUGCUCAUUAGUUAAAUGGUACCGAAUAUUGCUCAAACAGAGGGAGGGGAAGGGGAAGGGAAAAGAGAAACAAAGGGAAAAAAAAAAAAAAAAAAAAAAAAAAAAAAAAAAAAAAAAAAAAAAAAAAAAAAAAAAAAAAAAAAAAAAGGGGAAGAGUGAGAGGGGGACGGUACAGGGGGGAGGUCACGAGGGAGAGGAGAAAGGUCAAAAGUGGUUCACUACUUUCUAGAUACAUGUAUACAAGUGGCACUAAAAUGAGUGCUUGCUAUUAGACGACACAAUUCUCAUCGAGAGUCUCCCCUACGGGAUGGGUCAGACCUGCAAAUGCUACACCAAUAGCCCCUCCCAGAGUACAGGUGGUGGCAGAAUUCCACAUUCCCUGUCUUAGAUAGCUACACCCCCCAUUAUAAGCAUCAUUAACGUCGGUGAUAAGCACCUCUACAUUUCCGUACAACAUGGUUCUCCCGGGCACUUGGCUAGGGAGAUACAGGCUGGGAGUGUACAUUUGUGGGCCCUUUUGGCACAAUCAGCUGUCCCCCUGUGCGGCUGCUUGCCCCCUCUGGCAGGUCCGAUGACCGUGGCUUGCGAGGCCUGGCCAUGGGGGGCGACCAUACGAACGGGGGAACAUUAAACUCUGACAGUGGGGCGGUUUUUUUGGGUGCCCCCGGCAGGGAGAAAAUGAUGUGGUGCUGGCACAUAAUAGAGUAUUACCUGUCUCCCCAAUGUACGAUUGCGCCAUAUGAUCCCGGAGAGGGACAAUUGUAAUGAGAUACAGGGGAUUUUUAUUCACGUGGCAGAGAAAACUCAAAGCGAUAUACGGCUCGUAAUGAACGUACUUAGUUUGAUCUGCCUGCACCAUUAUUAUUAGCUUGUCUGAUACUUACGAUAUGGCAUCCCUGGAUGCAUCCUUACGCAUAGUUUAGUACAAUCCCCCACUCCAUAACACCCGAUCAACCUCGGGGGUCAUGAACAAACUGCUGAACGUAAGAAUUGGCUCUUUACGGGCACGAGGGCGGUAUGGGUCUGGGGGGGCCUGUAGAUGGGAGAUAGACAGACAGAAGCGGGAUUGAGGGGUCAGAGGGAGAGGGGGGGAGGGAGGAUGAGGGAGAAAGGGACAACGGGGAGAAAAAAAAAAAAAAGCAAAAAUAAUGAAAAAUAACAAUGUUGUCAAAUGGCAAAAUAUUAACCAAGGACCAAAUGCAUUGUAUGUUACGUAUUAAUAGAGCUGAACCUACUAGCCUGUAACACGUUUAUUAAAAUGUGAUCUGUAAAUAGUUUCAUUAGAAUUUAGUGCUUCCUUUGUCCCAGUGGUGUAACAGCGGAGUGGAGGGAAAUAAACGUGGGUUGGCGACCCCGAUAGCACAGGGCCUUGAGCCCAGACAGUUUGAUUUACUCACUGGGCCCAGGCAGGGCGGAGUAUUUUUGCGAGGGCUCCGCGAUCAGCAUCAGAACACAUGGGGGGCGGGAAAGAUACCCCCAAUAGACUGGGUGGCGCGGCUCCCUUAGCGGUUAUUAUAGAGGUCCAAGCGAAAUACACACGGCGCCUAUGCGGAGGAGCGCUAGAUCCCAUCGUUUCCUCCCAACGUUGACCGUGGCUGGAAUGAGGGAUGAUGUCCCCCACAAAAAUCUGGCGAAUGGUAAGACCAGAUUUUCUGUUCAUCGGACUGAGUCCGGAUGUAGUUCUUAUUAUUCUAUAUCUUUUUCACUUUCUACCUUUUCUUCCCUACUCUUUACCUUUAUCCUGAGGGGUGGUGGAUGCGGGGGGCAAGCAGUGGUCCUCUUUCAGGGAUCUAUUGGGGUACAGGCAGUGCCCUCGGUCUUGAGAAACACAUAUAGCACCAUAACGGCUCCGCCCGAUGGAGAUUAAGAUAAUUUCCCUGAAUACAAAGGGCCUCAACACUCCAAAGAAGCGUCGACUCCUGUUUCGAGAAUUAAAGAGGAUGAGAGCGGACAUUGCUUUUGUUCAAGAAACCCACCUACCUAAACAGGCCGUUUUUCGGUUGAGGGACCACACAUACGCUGUUUCGUAUGAGGCUAGGUCCCACUGUAAACGUAACGGGGUGGCAAUUCUCAUUAGAGGCAGUUGCCCCUUCCGGGAGACACAUCACGAAGCAGACCCGGACGGUCGGUACAUUAUUGUUUCAGGCAUCUUACACUCACAUCCCAUCCAUCUGAUUAAUAUAUACGCACCAAAUCAGCCUGACACAAGGUUCUGGGAAGGGCUACGAGGGAAAAUCUCGGGGAUGACCCACGGAAUGAUAUUCUUAGGCGGCGACUUCAAUGCGGUCCCGUGUCCAGCGGCAGACAGGAGCUCACGGAGGGGAACUCCUAGAUCACAGGGUAGGGGCGGCCAGGAUCGCCUUCUUAAAGACUUCAUGUCUGAGACCAGACUGGUAGAUAUAUGGCGAGCACACCAUCCGGGGGAUAAGGACUACUCCUUUUAUUCAGCUCCUCACGGAACGUAUUCCAGGAUAGAUCUAUUUUUAACCAACGCUGCGGGAAUGUCCCGAACGGUAGGGUCACAGGUGGGUAAUAUAUCUUGGUCGGAUCACGCGGAUAUCUCCAUCACAUUAGGCAACCUAUGCGUAGCUUCACCAUGGACAUGGAAUUUGAACACGUCCCUGCUUCGUGACCCGAAAAUCCUGGAACAAACUAGGAAAGAAAUAACAGAUUACUUUGAGAUCAACACCACGCCCGACGUGAACGCGAGCACGGUAUGGGCGGCCCACAAAGCGGUCAUCAGGGGGACCCUAAUUAAACUGGCCACUAGGAGAAAGAAAACGAAGUACCAGAAACUGGAAUUUCUACUAGGAAGACUGAGAUCCCUAGAACAAAAACACCAAACUGAGCCAACAGAGGGCAAUCUCAGACAAUUGGAGGCGAUCAGACGUGACACCCGAACCUUACUACUUGAUGAUACGGCGAGAUCUAUGACCUGGUCCAAAAGGACCUUUUUCGAAAAGGCAAACAAGAUGGACACCCUCCUGGCCAGGACGCUUCGCCCGAGGCAGGGGAGGUCCCACAUAACUGCACUUAAACACCCUGACGGCAUGACGAGGACAAACCCAGUGGAGAUAGCAAAGAUAUUCGAAGAUUUCUACCGACGGCUGUAUAAUCACACCCCAGAUGGGAGUCCCUUAGGGGAGCACGAGGAGGAGUAUAUAAGGCAAUAUCUGGACAGGUUAGGAAUGAAAAAAUUGAAUGAGGAGAUGGCAAACACUUUAGCGGCACCUAUCUCAGAAGAGGAAAUAGAUAAAGCUAUAUCGAGCCUGAAAGGCAACAAAGCACCAGGUCCAGAUGGUUUCGAUGGCACAUACUAUAAAACAUUCAGGGAAGAACUCACGCCUCAAUUGACCCGUCUUUUUGACGAUCUCCGGCAGGGUGGUCAAUUAGCCCAUGAUAUGUCACUGGCGACCAUGGUACUGUUGCCCAAACCUGGAAAGGAUCCACUUUACCCCGAGAACUACAGACCUAUCUCGCUGAUCAAUCAUGAUCUUAAGAUCUUAGCAAAAAUUCAAGCAGAUAGAUUAAAUCCGCUUUUGCACUCUAUAAUUCAUGCAGACCAAGUGGGUUUUAUUCAAGGUCGGCAAUUGUUCGAAAACACAAGAAGGAACAUCGACUUGAUUUGGAAACAAGUGACCUCAGAGACCCCUACAUUAGUGGUAUCCAUAGAUGCAGAGAAAGCUUUCGAUAGGGUCAGGUGGCAAUUCCUCUUUCCAGUUUUAAAGAGUUUGGGCCUCCCAGAUGAAUUCCUCACAAUAACAAGAGCAAUGUACCACAACGUUAGAGCACAGGUGCAGAUAUCGGGAGCUCCGCUACAUCCUUUCAAUUUGUACAAUGGAACAAGACAGGGUUGCCCACUAUCUCCCCUUCUUUUUGUCUUAGCGCUCGAGCCCCUACUUCAAGCGAUACGCCAACAUCCGAACAUUGCAGGGGUAAGGGUGGGAGACAAAGAGUUUAAGGUGUCGGCUUACGCAGACGAUGUCCUAUUGACCAUUACAACCCCUCAUGAAUCAAUGAUGGCGAUACAGGAUGUAAUAACGGAAUUCGGUAUGGUAUCAGGUUAUAAAGCAAACAUUCAGAAGUCCAGUGCCCUCCCGAUCUAUAUACCACAAGACGUCAUAGCUAGAUUGCAGGAGACCCACCAAAUAAGAAUGGAAAGGGAUUCGCUGAAGUAUUUAGGGAUAAAUCUGACAGCGGACCCCGUACGUCUAUAUUCUGCUAACUAUGCUCCGCUGCUCAGGGAACUGACGGGAGACCUCGACAAGUGGACAGAUAAACCUAUUUCCUGGAUGGGCAGGAUUAACUCGGUAAAGAUGAACAUUCUUCCACGUAUAUUGUUUCUUUUCCAGGCUCUGCCCAUCCGGGUCACAAAGACACAACUGAUUCCCCUGCAAAGAUCUAUAGGAGAUUUUAUUUGGCAGAAUAAGAGACACAGAAUCUCUAAACAGAUCUUAUACAGACGAAAGGAUAGGGGGGGUCUGGGCCUCCCAAAUCUUUACUUCUACUAUCUGGCGGCCCAAUUGACGCAGAUCGCCAUGUGGCACUCCACGCCAGAUGAGAGAAGGUGGGUAGACAUCGAAUCUAUGAUGGUGGGCGUAGAUGUGCCGCAGUUUACAAUAUGGGUUCCCAAAGAACACAGACCGAUGAUACGGGUCACGUCCCCGGCAAUCCUAAACUCGAUUUGGAUAUGGGACAAAUGUACCACCAAAUAUGGGCUGGCGUCAUCCCCCUCUCCCUUGACCCCGAUCCUCCGCAAUAGAGAAUUCCCUCCCGGCAUGGCCCCCAGAAAUUUCCGCAAUAUAGAAAGAACGGGUCUACAACGGCUACAUCAGCUAUAUCAAAACGGGGAGCUUAUACAAUUUGCAGACUUACAAUCGGGUAACCAUCUAACCCCCGCGGACUUCUUCAGGUUUGUCCAAAUUCGGGACUUCGCGAAACAACAACAUAUUAAAACUGCUGCCCUGGGGAAACCCACCUUCUAUGAGAAGCUAUGCUCCGACGGGGUUUCCCCCAAGGGGAUGAUCACGUUAAUAUAUGCACAUCUCAGUGAAGAAAAUAGAGAAUGGGGAAGUUUGUCUUAUACGGCCCAAUGGGAGACCGACCUCGGGGAGGUUCUAGAGGGGGUAGAGUGGCAGGAAAUAUGGGAAGCGAACGCAAAAGUCUCAAUAUGUGUCACCCUCCAGGAGCAGUCUUGGAAAACUAUGUUUCGGUGGUACACUACUCCAAUCAAAUUACAUAAAAUGCACAAACUGGAGACGGAUGAUUGCUGGAGGGGAUGCGGGAUCCGAGGAUCAUACAUCCACAUGUGGUGGGAAUGCCCGAAGCUGCGGGUUUUUUGGGGAUCUGUGGAGGAUUUGGUGAGACAAACUUUCGAUCGGCCCCUAAAACUUGAUCCGUGGAUCUACUUGCUGAAUAGAUCGGUAGACGGGUGGACGAAGAGGGAACAGACACUAGUACAUAAGAUCACCUUGUGUGCACGUCGCGCGAUAGCGUUAGCGUGGCUCACUCCUGAGGGCCCAGAAUUCUCAGGGGUUAUCUCUAGAAUCAAAGAGUGUAGAAUCAUGGACGAUCUAACUGCAAGGGUGAGAGGGAAUACUACGACAUUCCAUAAAACAUGGGAACCAUGGGACAAUAGCAUACUGGGUUCGAACGAAGAUUGAGAGCCUCACACAAGUGGGAAUGAACUCAUGAUAUCCACAUCCUUAUGUAAAGUGACACGUCUGUUAAUGCCACAACUGAACUGCCCCCCCCCCCCCAUCCGCCCUCCCUCCACCUCCUUCUUUGCUAUUUCCUUUUUCUUGGGUUUUCUAUCCUAUCCUUUUCCUCUCCUUUUCUAAUUAUUCUUAAUUCUUUGUUUUCCGUUUCUUUAUUCAAGCAGGAUCAUACGGUCAGAGGACUGAAGCAGCUAAAGUACUGAAGGGAUAAACGUACAUAAAGGCUAAUCGUUUUCCCUAUCGGUCUGCCCUAGGUUAAAAUAACUUACCCUAAUGGACUGGGGGCCCCAAGGUUUUUUCUGGCAGAAAGCGCAUGCAAGGUCCAGGUCGAGUAUUACCUAUCUACAAGCUAUGUAAUUCCUUGUGGCCCCCUUGUGAGCCUAAAUAUGUAUAUUAUACCUGUGAUGUUUAUAGUGUUUUGUAAAACCUUCCGUAGCCGUCAGGUACCAAGGUUUUCUUAAUUCGAGGAAAGGGCUAAGGUUAUAUUAGGGGAUGUACGCCAUGUUCUCAAAACUUAUAUCCAAAUUGGCUUCUGCGUAAGCCCCAAAGUUACAUGCAUUCCUGUUGAGUAUAUUGUGCAAACUCAAAGUUUUAUAAAAAUAGAAAAAUCCCUUGGCAGGUAGCCAAAUUAGCUUAUAGGCUCCAUAAUUUACUGUCUAUGCAUUAUAUUAGCACAUGUAUAAAUACAAUUGAACUUGCUUACUGUUUAUCAGGCUUUUGCACAAGCCGUCACGUUAAUGUUACCUGACUACCAUUGCCAAGAUGAAAAAAUAAAGAAUUAAAAAAAAGUCAAAAUGAGCUGGCAUGGAAACCAACGCAGAACACACAAUAAAAGGCAUGCAAACGACAAAGCUCAGCUCCCUACCUUUCCACAGCUUGAGAAAUGCACCAAAAAGUCCCAAAACAACUGCAAACAAUUUCCAGAAUGGCUCCAAAACUCGAUGCAAAAGCCGUUCCAACACCUCCACACUCAAUGCCACGUGCUACCCACAGGCUCCAGCAUGCAUGAAGUGGUGCUAUAAACCUCUCAGGUGCAAUGCAUCCUGGGGAAACUUGCUUUGUAUUGCGAAAAAAAAUUGUAAACAGAGGCAUUAUUUUCAAUGGAUUUUCAUUUGUAAACCAAAAAUUAUGUUAACAGAGUUGUUUGUAAACCGAGGUCCCACUGUAUAGUUACCUGGGAGGCCAAUGGAUAAAUCUUUUACUCCAAGACAUACACACCUAGACACUCCCUUAACCGUCCCCAAAACAGCAAGACACUUCUAUAAACACUAUUUCACACAUAUGUGAUAUACUCUCCUUACCAGCUAUGUUCUUGAUAGAGGCUCCUUCCCUGCGUUGUGUGCACCAGCCAACCUCAUCAGUAAUAUAUCGGCCUACAGCUGUAGAAAGCAGGACCUUAACCUUAGCUGGAACACUCAGUAAACACUGCUAGCCAGCCAGCUUUCUCAGACACAUUAAAAAGGCUCCGGACACAUCCCUGAUAAAAGACAGAGCCACCAGUUUUUCAGUGUAAAGAGAGUGGCCAAACCUCUGAUAUUCCUCUCUAUUACAAGACUAUCCGCAAUCAUUAUUCUAGGGCCAAUCAGAGGACAGAACAGGAAGGUGGCUGAAGCAAGGGACAAAAGGUUAUAUAAAAUCAUCUCCGCUCCUAUAGCAAAUAUAUAAUUUCCCACUGUGAUAAAUUAUAUAUUUACUGUCUUAGGAGCACUGACCCUUCCCAUGGUAAGUACUAAAUAGUUUUAGUACAAUUUGACAACUUUCUUAGGCCCCACCAUGUGUCCAUGGAUGCAUAUCCUGAGGAAAAUCUAGAUUGCUCUAUAGAGCUGAGGAAGGGCCAUCCUGGACCACGCACAAUCUGAGAGCUUCAGCUGAGCACUCUCUGCCAAUGUCCUAUUUUAUUCUUUAUUUCUUCUGCAAGACUAGAUGUUCUGAUGCUUGGUGGAUCCAGGGAAAUGGUAAAACCAUACUUAAACAGUUGGACUAUUUACCAUGGGACAGCACAGGGCACUCCUGGAACCAUAACCACUACAGUGGGCUGUAGUGAUUGUGAUGCUGGCAGUGUUCCUUUAAGGUUAACUGGAAAUGGCAAAACAUAAUUGGCCUUUGAUAUAUAUUUUAGUACUUAUAAUAAAAGUGAGAAUGUGUCAUAGCUACUUUUAUUACAAAUUAUUCGAAUUCAAAGUUUUAUAAAAGAAAAUGUGCAUAUUUUAAAUAAACAUUCUGUUUGAUAAAUUAAUACAAUUUGUUUUUCUCCCUAUAAGGUUCGACUGCAAAUGACCAAAGCUUUCAGGGCUGAGAAAAUCCCAUAAGAAUCACGUUUACCUGUAAUAAAAUGCCUUUUAAUGUAUAUAUCGUGUAUGUGUGUGUGUAUAUAUAUAUAUAUAUAUAUAUAUAUAUAUAUAUAUAUAUAAAAUUGGUACACUGUCAUUUAAAUAAAUAUUUGUAUGUUUUCUAUUUCUGUGAGUAUCUUAUUUUUUCCUCUGACCUGAAAUAUACUGGUUGCCAUGUAUAGUAUGUAUGUGUGUGUGUAUAUAUAAUGCACGAUUUGCCCAUUCGAUUAAUGGAAAGAUCAUGUUUUAGAAUUGCAUACUGGAUAGAUGGUGACAUCUCCCAUGAAUGAACAGGAAUGAAAGUGCAGUGAUUCGCUUUUGUAUCUUGUGUUUGUAUAUAAUUUGUGGUUGGGGACCAAAGUUGACUAUAGACUAAAAACAAAUAUUGAAAAUGCCUUUAGGGUGCAUAUUGGUUUUGGGAUGCCGAAAUCAAAAAACGAGUAGUAGGGACCACCUACUAAAAUAAUUAAUUAUAGGGAGUGAUUCCUGAUGCUUGGAGGUAUCAAUUAUAAUAUUAUAGAGUAUUUGUGAAAUGUGUAUUGUGGGGUUUCAGAUAUAACUUAAAGGACCACUAUAGUGCCAGGAAAACACUCGUUUUUCUGGCACUAUAGUGCCCUGAGGGUGCCCCCACCCUCAGGGUCCCCCUCCCACCCGGCUCUGGGGAGAGGAAGGGGUUAAAAUCUUACCUUUCUCCAGCGCCAGGUGGGGAGCUUUCCUCCUCCUCUCCUUCUUCCUAGCGACGUCAUCGGCUGAUUGCGCAUUCGCGGCAGGAGCCGCACGCGCAUUCAGCCAGUUAAUAGGAAAGCAUUUACAAUGCUUUCCUAUGGACGCUGGCAUCUUCUCACUGAGAAUCAAUGAGACAGCCACUAGAGGCUUUAGGGGCUGGAUUAACCCUCAGUGUAAACUUAGCAGUUUCUCUGAAACUGAUAUGUUUAUUAAAAAAAUAAAAUAAAUAAAAAUAAAAGGUUAAUCCUAGCUGGACCAGGCACCCAGACCACUUCAUUAAGCUGAAGUGGUAUGGGUGCCUGUACUGGUCCUUUAAACAUUUUUAUCUCCUGUUCUAUAAAUUUUACAUACAUAAGGCUCCUGCAGGGACUAGGAAGAUAUUAACAGAGCAGGAGAUCAAACAGUCUUAAUUAAAAAGAAUUUGCAAUAAAGGAAGUGGAAACAGAUGACUGUUUACUGGAAGUGUUUAGGAAGGGAGGUAUAUAAGCACAGUAAUUUAACUCCUAAAUGGCAGAUAAUUGAUCCAUGAGACUGCAAGGGUGUGAUCUAUAUACCAAAACUGCUUCAUUAAAACUGCUUUUAACAUCUGGUGUCAGUAAAAAUGCCUUUGUUCCAGUCAAUUGGGGAUCUCUUGCCUGUUGUAUAUAUUCCUUCUAAUGAGCAUGUUAGGACGCAGUGGCUUGUACUGAUUAUAUAUACAGUAUGUGACAACAGUGAAAAAAAUUACACUCUGCUACAAUUUAAAGUAGCAAGUGUACAGCCUGUAUAAGAGUGUAAAUUUUCAGUCCCCCCAAAAUAACUCCAUGUGGCAAACUUCCCUUUUUACCUGAGUUUGCCACGAGCUCCUGGAGGAGCCUGCUUGCCAGCCUCCUGCCCACAGACUAUGUGCCCUGCAGGAAAAUCUGUAAAAAGACUACCGAACUUGACCGAAUGUUAGCACUGAUUUCCCUGGAACUGUUUUGGGCAUGAGGCCAUGCUUGUGGUCAGUCAAAACUAUGACUUCCAGGAAAUUCCUGUACCCCUGAACCGAUCUGGGUGUUUUUUGGAUAUGUUGUUCAGAUCUGGGCUAUCCAGGUUUUGUGUGUUUUAAGGUACUUUGGGGGGUUUCAUAAAAUUGUAUGUUUUUUUUUUCUGUGCUUGGAGAUAAUUAGGUUAGAUUAGUACAGUUCCUGAUUCAAUUAUCUCCCAAGCACAGAGGAGGGAUUCUAUUGUUUGUGUAUGGGAGUGUCUCUCUGUAUGACUGUUUUUAUCGGUUGUUCACUUUAUGUCCCUGUGCCCAACCUGGGUGUCGCCCUUGUUGGGAAACUUGCAUAAAAGGCCAGUGUGCCUCCAUUAAAAGCGUUUCCAGCUUACACUCCAAAAUUUACACUGUUAUACAGGAUGUACUUACUACUUUACAUUGUUGCAGAGUGCAAUUGAUUCAGUGUUGUCACCUGAAAAGAUAUAAAAUAUAUUUACAAAAAUGUGAGAUUGUGUGUGUGUGUGUGUGUGUGUAUAAUCCUAUCCCCUUUUGAGGGGCCUUUUUUUUCCUAAAGCAACAUAAGUAGAUCCAACCACAUUCAAAAGACCUCUAAUAAGAGGUCUAACACCAUACACAGCCUGGAAUAUUAAGCAUAAAAGGAAACACAAAAGAAAAUAAUGGAUUACAUACCAAAAGUACAGUGAGGGAAAAAGGUACUUGAUCAAAGGAUUGAUCAGUCUAUAAGUUUAAUGAUGGUGUAUUUUAACAGUGAGAGACAGAAUAACAACAACAACAAAAUCCAGAAAAACAUGUCAAAAAAGUUAUAAAUUGAUUUGCAUGUCGAUCAGUGAAAUAAGUAUUUGACCCCUUCGACUUAGUACUUGGUGGCAAAACCCUUGUUGGCAAUCACAGAGGUCAAACGUUUCUUGUAGUUGGUCACCAGGUUUGCACACAUCUCAGGAGGGAUUUUGUCCCACUCCUCUUUUGCAGAUCCUCUCCAAGUCAUUAAGGUUUCGAGGCUGAUGUUUGGCAACUUGAACUUUAAGCUCCCUCCACAGAUUUUUUAUGGCAUUGGAGACUGGCUAGGCCAUUCCAGGACUUUAAUGUGCUUCUUCUUGAGCCACUCAUAUGUUGCCUUGGCUGUGUGUUUUGGGUCAUUGUCAUGCUUAAAUACCCAUCUAAGACCCAUUUUCAAUGCCCUAACUGAGGGAAGGAGGUUCUCGCCCAAGAUUUGACUGUACAUGCCCCUGUCUUUUAUCUCUUUGAUGCAUUUGUUCUGUCCCCUUAGCAGAAAAACACCCCCAAAGCAUAAUGUUUCCACCUCCCUGUUUGACAGUGGUGAUGGUGUUCUUGGGUGUCAUAGGCAGCAUUCCUCCUCCUCCAAAAACACAUUGAGUUGAUGCCAAAGAGCUUGAUUUUGGGCUCAUCUGACCACAACACUUUCACCCAGUUCUCCUCUGAAUCAUUCAGAUGUUCAUUGGCAAACUUCAGACGGGGCUGUACAUGUGCUUUCUUGAGAUGGGGGACCCACAUUGCGGGUGCUGCAGAAUUUCAGUCCUUCACGGCGUAGUGUGUUACCAAUUGUUUUCUUGGUGACUAUGGUCCCAGGUGCCUUGAGAUAAUUGAAAAGAUCCUCCUGUGUAGUUAUAGGCUGAUUCCUCACCAUUCUCAUGAUCAUUGAAACUCCACGAGAUGAGAUCUUGCAUGGAGCACCAGACCGAGGGAGACUGACAGUUACUUUGUGUUUCUUCCAUUUGCGAAUAAUCACACCAACCGUUGUCACCUCACCAAGCGGCUUGGCGAUGGUCUUGUAGCCCAUUCCAGCCAUGUGUAGGUCUACAAUCUUGUCCCUGACAUCCUUGGACAGCUCUUUGGUCUUGGCCAUGGUGGAGCGUUUUGAAUCUGAUUGAUUACUUCUGUGGACAGGUGUCUUUUAUACAGUUAAUAAGCUGAGAUUAAGAGCACUCCCUUUAAGAGAGGGCUCAUAAUUGCAGCUCUUUACCUGUAUCAAAGACCCCUGGGAUACAGAAAUCUUGCUGAUUGAUACGGGAUUAAAUGACCACUAUAGGCACCCAGACCACUUCAGCUUAAUUAUGUGGUCUGGGUGCCUGGUCCAGCUAGGGUUAACCCUUUUUUUUUUUAAUAAACAUAGCAGUUUCAGAGAAACUGCUAUCUUUAUAAAUGGGUUAAUCCAGCCUCUAGUGGCUGUCUCUUGACAGCCGAAUAUGAAUGCUUUCCUAUGAGACUGGCUGAAUGCGCGCGCAGCUCCUGCCGUGCAUGUGCAUUCCACCGGAGAGGAGGAGGAGAGCUCCCCGCCCGGCGCUGGAGAAAGGUGAGUGUUUAACCCCUUCCUCUCCCCAGAGCCUGGCGGGAGGGGGUCCCUGAGGGUGGGGGCGCCCUCAGGGCACUGUAGUGCCAGGAAAACUUGUAUGUUUUCCUGGCACUAUAGUGGUCCUUUAAAAAUGUAUUUAACUCAUUGACAUGCAAAUCAAUUUAUACGUUUUUUGACACGCAUUGUCUGGAUUUUUUUGUUUGUUUGUUAUUCUGACUCUAACUGUUAAAAUACACCUACCAUUAAAAUUAUAGACUGAUCAUUUCUUUGUCAGUGGGCAAACGUUCAAAAUCAGCAGGGGAUUGAAUACUUUUUUCCCUUACUGUAAACUGGAAAAAUGAUAUUGGAGAAAAAAAGGCACACCCCCCAAAAAUAAAAAAUAAAUCUUUUUGCUGUAAGCCUUUCUCAAGGGAGUACAAACUGUAUCAAAACACCUUAAAUACUUUGUGAGUGAUAACAAUUGAUUCCCAAGGGUAAUGGGUGGCCACCCACUAAUUGGCAAAGUAACCCUCUCCAACAGUCACAUGACCAAUAUUGAGAGCAUCUUGUAACAUUUAAAAAAAAAAAAUGAAAAUAACGUGGGAAAAAAGGAAUAAUAAAAAAAACAGAAAAUGCAAAUAACAAGCUUUAGAUCUGAUCCCUGAAUCAAAAUGUUCAAGCAUACAGCAUUCUUACAGUAAGGGGGUAGAAAAUGCAGCAUCAAUAAGCUGUUAAAGCGGAAUUACAUGCAGAGUAAAAACUGAAAACCUAAAUAGACAAAAUGCCAUAGAGAAAAUUGAUAAACACAUGCCCCUUAGAGUGGCUAAAAGCAAGUAAAAAAUCCACGCAAUCUGAUAGAUCGAAAGAACUAUAGAUGCCCAACAGUAUCUGUAUUAUUGAACGCGGAAUUAAUCAUAGUCACAGAGACGAACAUGCAUUCCAAAGCACCCCAGUAGAACAUAAAUUAGGCCAAAGAAAUUGAAAAACAAUUUGAAAAAAAUACAAAAAAGCGUGGAAAAAGAGAAUAUACUAAUAUAAGCAUAUAUUAGUAAUUCGUUUCAAAGAUCCAAGGUAAGUGUCAUCUCACAUCAAGACCAGUUGAUAGCUACAUCAUAACAAAAAAUAAUAUAAGUUCACAUCAAAAUCAAAUGAAGAUCAAGAGAAAAUAGUAUGAGAGAAACAAAAUAAAUGAAGUGUAAAAAAAUAAAUCUUUAUUAAUAAUUGACCACAAAGAUCAGUGACAAAUGGCAUAUAUUGCCAAGAACAGAAGACAAAAUCAUAAACAAAAAAUGUGAAAAAUAAGGUGAACCCAAUAUGGAGAUUAACUGAGCCAAGUUGUCUGGAAAGAAUUGAAAGUGGCAAAUCUGGUUGAUUUAUUCCAACUCCCCAUUUUCUAUGUUGACCGUUCCUGCCAUGAUGAUGAUGAAACGAUAUAGUACCUCUGCAAGGAUGUCAACUUGUCCCAAAAAUCAUAUAAGCUCACCAGUUGACUGAUGAUAUCAUCAAAAGAUGAUAGUUUCUUUUUUUUUUUUUUUUAUAAUUUAUUUAUUUCAAUUUUUCUUAUUCAAGACGUACAAGACAUUAACAUCAUCCAUACUAAUAUAAAAAACAUAAAAAAUGUAAACAUUUAGCGCUAGUUAGAUAGGACAUGUGGUAUUACAUAUAUACAUAGAGAUUAAAUAUUGCUCAUUAUCAUGUAUUUACAAUAUUAUUGCUUGUUCCCCAUUUCUUUAAACAAAUCCAAAUACCAAAAUAACGAGAACAAUGAGCAUGACAAAAAUUUUCAUCCAACCGUCCUAAAAUUAGAGUUUCGUCUCCCAUAAUAGUCAUCCUUCUUCACUAUCUAUUGUUACUUUUAUUAAAUAAUUAGCUUUACUGGAUUCAUUAGUAUGAUGUACUUAACAAACAUACAAAAACAAACUUGCAUUGCAGACUCUACUUGGGGUAUUGCAGUGGCACCUCUAUUUCACUACCUUAAAGAAAUGAAAAGGAAAAGAUGUAAAAAAAAAAAACCACACAGCUAUUCUAUUAAUUUUGUCCAGGAUUUUAUCUGGACAGACUCUCCAUUUUUUCUUUCCAGAAAUUGCUAACAUCUCUUAUUUUUAUUGACUGAUGUCCCAAGGCUUCCAUGGUUAAUUGGUAUUGGACUUGUGAAUAUAACUGGGCUUGUGUAAAAUUUGCGCUACUCUUCCAAUUCCUUGCGAUUAUUAUUUUUGUUGCUGCUACAAAAUGGACAUAUAUAAAUUUGUUCUUAAAAAGGAGUGAUUGCAAAUUUAAGUGAAAUAGACCAUUAUGGUGACCUCUAGGGAUUUUUGUUUCUGUAAUAUACUCCAAUGAUUCAAAAGCCAUAAACCACAGAAUUUUCACCUUACUGCAGUCCCACCAUAUAUGUCCAAAAGUCCCCUCUUUGUCAUUGCAUCUCCAACACAGUGGGGAAUUAGAAGUGUACAUUUUGGACAAUCUGGUGGGAACUAAAUACCAGCGAUUCAUUAAUUUAAAUAAUACCUCAAGAAGGUUCAAACAAUGGAUUAUUUUACUUGUUUGGUAUAAUACUUGAUCCCAUUCAGACUUAAGAAUCUGUACAUUUAACUCUUUACUCCAUUUUUGAAUAUUUACAUUUAAAUUUGGUGCUUCAAGUUGAAGAAGAGCAGUCCUUGCCUUUGAAACUAUUUGCGAUACCUUCUCAUUUCUUAAUAGAACUAUCAAAUUUUUUAUACCCGCUGUAGGUCGAUGUAACAAAAACUGUUUAAUAAAGCUUCUGAUUCUUAAAUAAUUAUACCACUCUUUCCUAGGUAGUGAAAAUUCUUGUAUCAAAUUUUCAAAUGAUUUAAUUUUAUCUCCCGCUAUUAUUUGAUUUAUAUAAUCAAUGCCUCUCCUUGUCCAUUCACUGAUAUUUAAAUCUUUCAUCCUUAGUUGUAUAAUACUGAGGUUAAAGUUUCCCAAUAUUUUAUUGCGGAUUCCGCUAUUAAUCCUCAGCUUUUCCCACUCCAUUAGAAUGGAUUUCAAGCAAUUAUUAGAAGUACAGACCUUUUUAAUUCUUUGGUCUUGAUUAGUUAGCCAUAACAAUUGAUGUAAAUUUUCCAUUUCUACCAUCUCCAUUUCUAAUUGAUACCAUCCAGCUUCCUCUGAACUUGAUAAUUGCGUCAUAUAUAUGAAACAUCAUAUUAGCUAAAUAAAUUAUGUUGACGUUUGGGAAAUUUAUCCCUCCUUUCCUGCUCUUCUGCAUCAAAAGAUGCUUAUUCAUCCUCGGCCUUUUUCCUUUCCAUAUAAAAUUAUUUAUAUCUCGUAUCAUAGAUAACCAUGGUUGUGGCAUUCUCAAAGGGAUCAUACAAAAUAAAUAGGACCAUUUAGGGAGUAAGUACGAGUUAACCAAAUUGAUUCUACCCCACCAGGAUAAUUCAAUUUGUCUCCAUCUUUUUAAUGACUCAUGUGUCGAUCUAAAUGUUUUCAAAAAAUUUGUUUGCAACGUAUCUUUUAAAUCAUCAGAAAUCACUAUACCUAGAUAAGAUAACCUGUUUUUAUCACAGUUAAAUUUAUAUUUAUCUUUAAUCUGUUGGAUAGAGUCGCUAGAAAUAUUUAUAGCUAAAAAAGUAGAUUUCGUUGCAUUUAUUUUAUAAUUUGAAAUCAGACUGUAUUUAUCUAUCUCUUCCAUUAAGGCACUAAGCGAUUCGACAGGGUCGGUUAGGGUCAAAAUCAAGUCAUCCGCAUAUAGAUUCAAUUUAAAUUCUUUCUCUCUGUGCCUAAAUCCUUUAAUUCGAGGGUUAUCUCUUAUAUUAAUAGCUAGAAUCUCCAUUGUCAUAAUAUAUAAGAUAGGCGACAAAGGACAACCCUGUCUCGUGCCAUUUUUUUAUGUAAACCACUCUGAACAUAUAUUUGGAGCCACUGUUCUUGCUUUUGGGCCUUCGUAUAGAGCUAAAAUAGCGUUAAGCAUCCUGCCCUGGAUUCCAAAUUUUUCCAUAGUUUUCCUUAAAAAGUCCCAACCGACCCUGUCGAAAGCUUUCUCGGCAUCUACAGCCAAUACAAAUAAAGAUUUAUUAUUUCUUCUAGAUGCAUCUAUCAACUCCAAUAAUCUUCUAGAAUUAUCUACCGGAUCUCUACCUUGUACAAAACCAAUUUGAUCAUUUUUGAUUAUAUAAUCCAUUAGUCCCCUUAGUCUAUUAGCCAAAACUGAUGAAAAGAUUUUAACAUCUGUGUUAAUUAAAGAGAUGGGUCUAUAAUUCUCCACCUUUAAAGGGUCUUUAUUAUCUUUUAAAAUUGGAAGAAUAUUUGCACUCAGCAUUUCGGUAGGAAAUUUGCCAACUGAUACGAUUUCGUUAAACAUAUUUGUUAAAUGGGGAACUAUAAUGUUUUUAAAGGAUUUGUAAAAUAUAUUUGCAAAACCAUCUGGACCUGGCGUCUUAUCUGAUUUUAAUUUGUUUAUUACUGCCUCUACUUCUUGGACUGUAAUUAAAGUAUUUAACUUAUUACUUUGUUCUAAUGUUAAUUUAGGUGUAUUGGUUUUACUCAGAUAAUCCUCUUCAUUUAUUAUCGGGGGAGUUAGAUUGUACAAAGCCUCAUAGUACUUAUUAAAUCUCUCACCUAUUUUUUUUGGGUCUAAAUAUACCCCCUCUUCAUCCACUAUCUUUACUAUUUUGCUGGAUCCAAUUUUAUCUCUUAAUUUUUUUGUCAUGUUUCUAUCUGCUCGGUUCCCCCUAUAAUAAUAAUUUGCUUUAAGUUUAUUCAUUAGUUUUGCAUUCUUUGCUAUCAAAAAAUUAUUAAUUCUGUUCUGAAUACUUUUCAGUUCAUCUGCAUUUUCUUUAGAAGGAGACUGCUUAUUCUUACUUGCGAUCUUUUUUAAUUCUGCUUGUAGUCCUAGAAAAAUUCUAUUAUUUUCUACUUUAUAUCUUGUUUGUAUACUUAUUAUAUUGCCUCUCAUUGUGGAUUUAAAGGCACACCAAUUGUUUAUAUAUGAGGUAUCAUUAGGAUCGUUUUCAAGAAAAAAGGUUACUAUUUGUUUUUCUAGUAUAUCAAGAUUGAUCUUAGAUUUUAACAAAUUAUCCUCCAUACGCCAGGUAUCACGACCAAUCCUGGUCCAUUGAUUCUUCAUCUCCCACAUAUUAAUACUGUGGUCUGACCAAGUAUUAUCAAGUAUCUUAAAAUAUUUAAUAUUCGUCAAUGCUGUCAUAUUGCCCCACACCAUAUCUAUUCGAGAAUACGAAAGAUGUACACGUGAAAAAAACGUAUAUUCCAAUGAGUCAGGAUUGGUCGUUCUCCAAAGAUCAAAAUAGUCAAAAUUAAUCAUAAUUCUAUUAGUAGAUCUUGCAAGUUUAUCUGUUCUUUUUUGAUGUAUGAACUUUUUUAUAUUUAGAUUUAUAAGGAUUUUUUCAUGGUUCUUAUGAUUUGUUUAUUUUUAUAUGAAUAAAUAUUUUGUGUAUAUGUACAUUUUUAUCUUAUUCUACAGCUGCUGCUUUGGAGUGUAAUUUUUCUAGUGGUCAUAUUUUAUUUGGAGCGCUCACAUACCCUUGUUGGUUUAUAUUUUAUUUGGUUGUUUAGUCGCUCUUUUAUAUGUGACGCAGCCCUGCUUAUUAUUGUGUAUAGAGUUUUUGUAUACUCCAAUUCAGAUUAUUUUGAUGUUUAUUGUAUUGGUAAUAUUUAUUUCGGAGAGCGCAAUUUAGAUCUGAAUUGGAGAUUUAUUUAUUUAUUAUUUACAUAACUUUAGAUUUAAAACGUUAUUUUGGAUUAACAUUUUUCCUUUUAAAUAUGCCUUUAGUAAGCCUUACUGAAAGGGCGAAUAGAAGGUUGAAUCUACUCACUGAUAAGGAGGAUAAUCCCUCACCACAUAAGGCAGAAUCCCAUAUAAAAAACCUCUUUUUUGAGCUUGAGAAGCAUUUGAAAACUGAAAUGAGGGAUUGGUGGGAUCAGGCGUUGCUGGAAAAGUAUCUAGAACAGAAACUUAUCCCUAGGGGUCUAAGGUUCGAUAAGAGACCAUUCUUCUCGGAUCAUACACAAUUAGAGAAUGAAUGGCUAGAAGCUCUAGAUAAUUGUUCUGUGAUACUGAUGCAAAUUUUGGUCAGAUAUAGACAGUAUAGAUUAAAAAGAACAGAAACUGAGAUAGAGUUAAUCCACUCUCAGAUAAGUACUACGGAUAAUUCUGACCUUGUAACAGAAUUGGAUAACAAUGUUAAUAAUAGGAUGACUAAGUUUGAGAAAGAGAUUGUCACCAAAAAGAACUCUAAAUUCCUCAGAGACAAAAAAGAUUUUGAGGGUGGCCUCAUUAGAAAUUGGCAGAGGAAGGUCUAUAGGAAGAACAGGGAUACUCCCAUUUUAAGAUCAGGGAAUAAGUCCGAGAUUCGUAAUCCCCACUCUAUUCAUCAGUAUCCCAAAAAAAGAAAUAUGAAUCUUGGGAAUCCUUCACGUGAAUCUUAUAAUAAGACUACUGGACAUGGUCACAAUACUUAUGCGGAAAUAGCGAGAUCUAAGCCACAUAAUCAGAUGAAUCAGAGUUAUACUCCAAGACGUGGUUAUAAUCGAGAUGAGAGAGAUAUCCGCUAUACUCCGAAGAAGCCAUAUAACAAUGCUUGGAGAAAACCAGAUAAUCCCAAUCAUAUUCCUCUCUCAGAGUCUAGGGACCUCCUCAUUAGAAGAUGCACCAAUGAUUCAAGUGCCAACACAGACCCCAAUGAAUUGGGAGCUCGCCCCAAACCGCCACGAUCCCAUAAUUAUGGCUCUUCAAGAGAUGUUCAUUUUUUAGGGGAAGGUCCAUCAGACAUUCCCAAGACCUUUCCGUUAUUCUCCAAGAGGGGGGGCAGGAAAAGAGAUACACCCACAGGGGAACAAGAGGAAAGAGAAAUGAACCCCAACAAAUCGAGGUGCCUCCCUUAGUGGGAAUCUUUAAUUUGUCUACUCAUACAUUGAAAGCCUCAGAGAUUUCCUUGUUGAACAAAGGUUUGAACUUCGCCCCCCUCAGUAAUCCCAAUAUCUUGGAUUUAUUUAGGGAUCUUAAUCAUUUCAUUAGGAAAUUGACCCUUACCAGGUCAUUCAAUAUUAAGGAGGCCAAUAGUAUAAUUGAAUGUCCUGGUUUUUUAAAUGAACCACAAGAUAAGAUUAUACUUAAGAAUUUGAUAGGUCUCCUUAAUGAACAAACAGAGCCUGGGAUCACAAUUGAUGCUUUGGAGGUUAUAGACGCUAGUAUAACUACAGGUCUUAAACCACCUUCCACUUAUCAUCCUGUAGCAGAUAAAGGAGGAUUCCUACCUAUUUUCUAUGAACUGGUGUUGAAGGAUUUUAGAUCUUUAGUCACCAGUCUAAAUGUCAAACAAAGAAAUUGGAAGUUGGAAUAUAACCUUACGAAUCUGGAAAGGGCAGCACUGAAAGACCUUAAGAAAGAUCAUAACAUCGUUAUCAAGGGGGCUGAUAAGGGAGGUGGGAUUGUUCUCCUUGACAGAGAGAACUACCUCAAGGAAGCAUAUCGGAUUUUGGAAGAUACAAAUUAUUAUAAAACCCUCGCUUUUAAUCCCACUACUCAAUUCACCAGGGAUCUCAAAACCUGGGUGAAUAGGAUGUUUGAUAUAGGGGUUAUUGAUAAAUCAGAAAAAGGUUUUCUACUCUCCGGUGGAGACAAUAUACCCAUCUUUUACUUCCUUCCGAAGAUCCAUAAGUCCCUCACUAAUCCACCUGGUAGACCUAUUAUUUCAUCUAUUGGUUCUCUUACAGCACCCUUAUCAAAAUGGGUAGAUAUUCAUCUUCAGAAAAUUAUGAUCAACCUUCCUUCGUAUAUUAAAGACACGGGACAUGUAUUAUCAUUGAUGCAGGAGAUUUCCUGGCAGGAGAAUUAUUGUUGGCUGACCGUGGAUGUGGCAGCCCUAUAUUCAAAUAUCGACCACAAGUUGGGCUUGAAAGCUAUUCAACAUUUCCUUUUGGAAGAUCCCCUUCUCCCUCGUUGUCAAGUGGAAGCAAUUUUGGAAAGUAUAUCCUUUAUUUUAACCCAUAAUUAUUUUUGUUUUAAUGGGCAGUUCUACCUACAAAUAAAAGGCACAGCAAUGGGGGCCAGUUUUGCCCCAGCAUAUGCAAAUAUCUUUAUGGGCCUGUGGGAAUCCAUCCAUAUAUUUAAUCAUCCUAUAUGGAGAGAACAUCUUAUAUUUUAUAAAAGAUUUAUCGACGACAUCUUGAUUAUUUGGAAGGGUGAUCUUGAUGAUACUGAUAACUUUGUCCAUUAUCUCAAUAACAACGAAUGGGGAUUAUCUUUUACUAGUAAUAAAAAUAAGACAACCAUUGAGUUCCUUGAUUUGAUCCUAUGCGGGAAACCUGGACAUGUCCUCACUAAAACUUUUAAGAAACCGGUCGAUGUUAAUGGUUUUUUACAUUCAACGAGUGGUCAUCAUCCAACGUGGAUUAAUAAUAUCCCGUAUGGUCAGUUUAUUAGACUACGCCGAAAUUGUUCUCUCUUGGAAGACUUUGAAGAAGAAUCUUUGGAAUUAUGUCAACGUUUCCUGGAUAAAGAUUAUGAUCCAAACACCAUUUAUCAGGCAUAUCAUAAGGCUAGAAACAUUUCGAGAAAUUCACUCAUAGAGCCUUAUAUUGAUCAGGAGUCUCCAGCUAGAUCUCCCGUGCCAUCAGUUAAACAUAUGGAAGUAUUAUCCCUUUUGGAAAAUUCAACUCCUAAAAGAAGAUCCAACACCCGGAAUAAAUUUAACAUCAGUACUAGGGAUGUUUCUCAUAAUAAGGGUCCCAUAUUUACCACUACCUUUAAUAGGGCAUAUGACCAGAUUAUUUCCAUUCUACGCCAACAUUGGUCUAUUUUAUUAUUGGAUCCUUGGUUGAAAUUUAGUUUAGCUGGGUCACCAAGAAUAACCUUUAGGAAAAAUAGAAAUUUAAAGAACUUGUUAGCUCCAUCUAAGCUUGCCUCAGCAGAAUCCCAUAACACAUUGGCAGCCCUUGGUGUAGGGAAUUUCAAAUGCGGUUCAACGCGAUGUCUAACAUGUCAGUAUAUACACCAUGGAGGUUUGGAUUUCUCGUCUUCUUCGAAUAAUGAGACUUUCCAAGUAACCUCAAGGAUUACCUGUAACACCCCAUAUGUUGUCUAUUUACUGAAGUGUUCGUGUGGAUUGCUUUAUGUUGGCCAGACUUCUAGGUCAUUGAAAACUAGGUUCAGAGAACACAGACUAGCGAUCAUUAAACAGGAUAGAAAAUCCCCGGUAGCUAGACACUUCCAAAUGGCUCAUGAGAGCAAUCCUUUAUAUAUAUCUGUUAUGGGUAUUGAACAUAUCCCAGAGAAGAUUGUUAAUAGAAAAACAGCUCUUAUUGUAGCUGAGACCAGGUGGAUUUUCCGACUGAAUACUCUUAAUCCGUAUGGGUUAAAUGAGGAAUUGGAGCACAUUACUUAAUUUUGUUUUUUCUUUUUGAUUAAAUUUUUUAUGGUUCUGCUUUAACAGUGGGGGAUGGACCACAAGGGAUAUGAGGGAUGCAUUCAUUACUGUGUGUCCCUACCCCCUUUUUCCCCCUCUCCACCCCUGUUUAAGUAUAACUCAUUCAUUUAGAUCAUUUAUUUAUUUAUUGUUUCAAUUUGUGUUCAUUGAACAUAAGCUUUGAUUGUAUGUUAUGUGACUUCCCUAAAAAGCUUUUUAUAUGUAACAUAUUGGUAUUUAUCAGCCCCUAAACAAUUGUUAAAUAGAGAGAAUGAUAAUGCCUAUUGGUUGAUGAUUUAUAUUUAAUAAUAUUAUUUGGAUGUUUACUCUAUAAAAAUUAUAAAUAAAUGCACACCUUAGGCGAUCCGCCUUCUACAAAUUGACUCUUAAUUUUUAUUAUUGUCUAAUUGAAUGACCACUCCUUUAGGAAUAGGGUAUAUAUACCCAGUCUGUGGACAACAGAUCUUUGUCUUGAUAAAGUCCCUCAUAGGGGACGAAACGCGUAGACGAUCUGUUUUUCCGUCUCCUUUGAUUUUCUACCCGACUUCAUUUACGGUUCGGGAGGGAUUUUCGGCAGCUGUUUAAUUCAGUCUCACACAUCCUGUCUCGUGGUAGGGAGUUGGCGUGCUCCCUUCACCUUACACGGAAGUAGGGUGAAUAGGGUAAGUUGCUUUUGGUUUAAUCCCUAGGUUUUUAACACUAGGAGACUAUCCAUUGCGGCACCCCUCACCUUUACCUAGUAGUUUGGCGGGUUUAUGAGCUCCCUCCCCCAUGAACUAUAUAUGUGUUUGAGGUCUGAUAUUCAUUUUUGGACAUUUUUUUGAUGUUUUAUUAUUUGAUGUGCACAAUCUCUUUUUAAAUUUUUUUCCUUUUGAUACAUAAUCCAUAUUAGUGUUGGGGGCCCCACACUAUGUAUCUUUGAACUUUGGUUUGGACACAUCCUUAUGAACUUUUUUAUAUUUUGAUUUAUAAGGAUUUUUUCAUGGUUCUUAUGAUUUGUUUAUUUUUAUAUGAAUAAAUAUUUUGUGUAUAUGUACAUUUUUAUCUUAUUCUACAGCUGCUGCUUUGGAGUGUAAUUUUUCUAGUGGUCAUAUUUUAUUUGGAGCGCUCACAUACCCUUGUUGGUUUAUAUUUUAUUUGGUUGUUUAGUCGCUCUUUUAUAUGUGACGCAGCCCUGCUUAUUAUUGUGUAUAGAGUUUUUGUAUACUUCAAUUCAGAUUAUUUUGAUGUUUAUUGUAUUGGUAAUCUUUUUUGAUGUAACAAUGUUGAGAUUGUCUUCUUAUCUAGUAUCGGAUCCAGUACACUGUUAAAGUCCCCAGCCACCAAACAUGUGCCUAUUUUAAUAGAUUCUAUUAAACUUAAAACCUUUUUUAAGGUUGGAGCAGGAAAAUCAUUGGGAAGAUAUAUAUUAGUCAAUGUAUAUGGUAUCUCAUUUAAUUUACAGCAGACUAUUACAUAUCUGCCUUCCUUAUCUUUAAUUUGAUGUAUUAUAUCCACUUUUAGUGUGUGGGAAAAAAAGUAUUGCUACUCCUCUUUUUUUUUUUUUUCCACUUAAUGAAGCAUAUAUCACUGUGGGAAAUUUUAAACCACCCCAGCUUUGAUUAUCUAUAUCUGACCAGUGGGUUUCUUGAAAGAAGCCCACUUCCACUUUAUUUCUCAACAUAUAGUCAUAUAUUAGAGAUUUCUUAAUUGGAGAAUUAAGGCCCUGAACAUUAACCGAAAUCAUCUUUACCAUUUUAACUCAAAAAAAACCAUUGUUACCACUGACCCCAAGAGAGCUGCAAUGCAUUCACACAAAACACAAAUGGUCCAUUGGACAUAGACCCACAAAAGCCUUAUGGGAAAGACACCCAGUCUGGCCCAACACAGCCUGGCUCCCGAGUGGUUGUCUCUCAACUCACCACUCAGGGGCCAUCUGUGUCCUCGUGAGAUGGUAUUAUAGAUUACCAUAUCACGGUAUUUGUGUCAACACAGAAAGAUGACACUUGGUGGGGCAAUAUAGAAGGGAGCGCCCGAAAAUCAUACUCCUUAUUUUAAAAAAACUCUCUACUAUCUCAUAUAAAUACCUUAAAAAAAUAAAUAAAAAAAAUAAAAAAAAAAACACACUUAUUUACAACCUACGACUCUUAACAAUAUAGAUAUCUGGUCUUUAGCAAUUUAUAAACAUUCCUUAUUUUGUGAAAUCCGUGCAAUUAUUUAUAAUGUGCGUUCCAUGCGUCUUAUUCAAAUUGUUAUUACCACCAAACCAGUUAUGUAUUUUCAAACAAUAUAUACAGUCUCUAUCUCUUAACUGUAUUAAAUCCAACCAUAUAUCCCAAAUCCAACCGUGAAUAUAAAUAUAAAUAUAUAUAUAUAUAUAUAUAUAUAUAUAUAUAUAUAAAUCAUUAACAGUUUAUACUGUGUAUACGAAUCGAUCUAUCCUUUAUAUUAAUUCUUUCCGUGUCUUAUUCAAAUUACCAGUAUUUCCAUAACCUUUAUAAAUUUCUAAUUCUGUGUGUAAAUAUUACAUUUUUUUACAGUGUUAAGCUACCAAUUUUAUAGAUUUACGCACUCUAUGUGAUUAUUUUAUCCUUUAGAGUACUAACUCUUACCAUCCUUCUCAAACGUGUACUAAUAAUAAACCCACCAUUCACUUAUCAUUAACACUUAUUCUUUAACUUUAUCUUUCUCCAUGCUUUCAUAGUAUUUAUUAAUUCUUAAAGACCCAGCCUCACCCUAACAAAAAAAAAAAAAGAAUUAUUUUAAUUGUCCUUUUUCAUCCAGACAACUGCAAAUCCUCUUCGGUUUUUAGUUAUUGUCCCGAAUUAUAUGACGUCCACUAUUGAUUGCUCUUCCAUCCAUUUUCUCAAGGCAUCCGGAGUAAUGAAUUUUUCAUUUUUUCCUCUCCAAAAGAUCCUAAGGCAUUUAGGGAAUCCCCAUAUGUAUUUCACUUCUUUAGAUCUUAGUAUGGCUAGUUCCUGAGUAAAACUUUUUCGCCAUGCUCUUGUUUGGAAAGAUAGAUCCGGGAAAACCUUCAAGUUCUUAAAUCUCUCUUCUGUAACUGGCUUACUUCUCAGAGAACUCAUUAUUUGAUUUUUAAUAAAGAAAGAUUGAAAUUUAACUAUUACAUCUCUCGGUAAUGAUUCAGCCACAUUUCUGGGUCUGGGUAACCUGUGAUAUCUUUCUAAUUCUGAGUCUUGUAAACCAGCUUGAGAUAGUACUGUUUCAAAGUAUUCCAUUAAAAAAAUUUCCAAUGUUGAUUCGUUAAUAUGUUCAGGAAUAUUACGGAUUCUUAUGUUAGUUCUCCUGGAACGAUCUUCCAAGUCGUUUAUUUUAUCCUCUAAUGAUUCUACCUUGGAUUGCAGGUCUGUCAUUAAUAACUCUGUAUGUACAUUUUUAAGAUCUGUUUGGAUCAUCUUAGACUCUAUAGAUUCCAAUUGUACUUUCAUAUUUCUUAUCUCUUGUUUUAAAUCUAAUGAUCCUUUUUGGAUGUCUUCUUUAAUAUUGUCCUGUAAUUUAUCCAGGUAAUUAAUUAGAGUCUCUUCAGUUAGAGGUUUACCAGCCUGUGCAACAUGAGAGGGAUUAGAGUUAGGUUUGGGGGGAGGGGAAUUAUCCUGAUUUUCAAGAUUCAAUUGAGAUUUAUUUGGAGGAGGGGAGAAAUAACCUGAUAACCUUUUAUCAGUGAUGUUAUCUUUUUUUUCUUUCCUCCUGUGGCUUUCUAGUUGCCAUUUUGUUUCUCUAAAAAAAAAUAAAAAAAAUCUUCUUUUCUUUUGUUAUUCUCCUUUUCCUUCUUUCUUUCUAUUUUUCUUUCCUUUGCUUUCCCCCUCUUGACUCUUGUUUCACUUUUCUCUUUUUUCCUCCUUUUCCUUCCUCUUUCUUAGGAAACUCUCUUUUCUUACUUUUUUUUUUUCUUUAUCUCCCUUCUUUCCCUUUUCCUUCCUUCUUUCUCUUUUCUUUUCUCUUUCUCUUUUCAGGCAGCAAAACUUUAAGUCAUAAUUCUCAGUAUUUAUAAACCUGUUACACUUAUUUUCUCUUUUUUUUUUUUUUCUCUUUGGGGAAAAUCACCCCUCCAUUUCCUCCAUUUCCUCCUCUCCUGGUGUUUUAUAAAACAAUAUUCUUCUAAUUUCUGUUUUCUAUCCUCCUCACCCCCCUUCUCUCUUUCACUCUCUCAAUGCCAUAAUUUCUUGGUCUUUAAUAAUAUCGAUAAAGCAUGUAGCAGACUUAUCUUUGUAGCCACUAUUUUCUCUCCUCGCCAGAUCUCCCCUGCGUCUCUGCUCGAGGGCUCCGGAUGCCACUCAAUUUUCGCCGGGCUGAAGAGAGAACCCGAUAGUCUCGCCUCAGAUGUCGGAUGUCGUCGGCUAAAUCACCCCCUCGAACCGCCAAAAAAACACCGCCGGGCGCCCUUCCACUACAUCGCCCCUCCUCUCACGUAGACACGCACCCGCCUACGUCAUCACCAAAAAAAAAGGGAACUGACCAGUACUGUCCAUUUCUACAUGAUACAGUUUCUAAAAGCAAAAUUAAAUGUACAAAAUGAAAUAAAAACAAAAAUUAACACAGGUGACUAUAUAAGAGGAGUAGGUAAAGCAAUAUAAAAAAUCACUGUCUAAAGGGACACUCCUCAUUAAGUCAUUGUGGGAAUAACACAAUAAAGCUCUGAUCUCUUCAGAGUAUCUGUUUGAGAACAACUAGGCAGAGGCAUGUAAUGCAUUGAAUAGCCUGGACCUUAGGUGAGAAACUGAGUGCCACUGGCCAUUAUGAACAAAACAUCUAGCAACAGUAUUCUGCGUUUUCCUAGUUUGUAUCAAGCUUUUAUGUUCACCUUUGCACACAGUCAGGGCUGGGUUGGGGAUCAAUGGCAUAGACUGCAUGGACAUUUUAACAAGUCAAUCACUUGUCAGAUUGGCAAUUAGGAAACUCCCUAAUUGCAAACUGCUUGCCAGCCCUUGGAUGAGUGAACUGUGCGCUGCUUGCAAUAUUGUUAAAUGCAAAAGAAUAAUAAGCGCUCUCUUCUCAGGGGUGAGCUGCAGUUCACCAACAAGGUGUUCCUCUACCUUGUGAUAAAUGGACAGAUAAAAUAGAAAGGUGAACAGCGCUAAAAAUCAGAAAAUGUACAUACGUUUUGUAGAAAUACUGGCCAGCAGAGUAACUUAAAAAAAGAGAGAAACAAAAAUACAAAUAAUGGUACAGUAUGUAUGAACGAUAUAAUUCCACAAGAACAAAGGUGUUAUAUUCACACUCACACUUUGAGGAGCUAUAUCAGCUCGGUGUUAAGAGCCUGGACGGAAUAAUCCCCGUCUAUGGAUUUCUUGAGGUUCAAGACCAUUGGUGAAUUUAUAGGUGUAAAUAUUCGUUACAUGAAAAACAAGAGUAAAAUACACCACAUGGUAUAGUACGUAAAUAUAAAAUAUUGGAAAAAAAAAGUGGAUGAUCCUACUUACAUAUACUAGAGCAACGACCUGCUCUAGUUUGGAGAAUUUCAGGUGGAAUAAUCCCCACCUUGGGAUAUAGUGGACCCAGGUAUAGCAGCAAAGCAGUAUUGGAUAGAAAGGAGAACAAAAGGAAUGACUGGAUAGUUUAAAAAAUAUAUAUACUUUAAUACAAUAAGUAAAAAGUGAAUAAUAAACUAUAAAACCAGUCCUGUAUAAAAGUCCAAAAAUUCUUCCUCACUUGACGCGUUUCGCCGAAGCUUUCUCAAAAGUGAAUGCUAUCUAUGCUAUCUUGCUGAAAACAGGAAAUGGGGAAAUAUGCACAGCAGAAUCGAUUUUCAUCAUCAGAGAAGGUAUAUAAUCUCAAGGACCCCAAGCAGCAAGCAUUCACUUUUGAGAAAGCUUCGACGAAACGCGUCAAGUGAGGAAGAAUUUUAUAUGCAGACUUCUGCAUUUUGCUUGCCAAUGAACAGUGGUGAACUAAGUUACAGAUCUUCUCCCAUACGGUGUCCAAGGCCACCUUCCAGCAGCCAAUAAAUGAUGGAGUAGGGAAAUUGUGGUUUAUCUUUUUAUUACUUAAGUGUAUUUACUGUAGUAUUGACUGUUCAUGCACAGUCUGCCCUCCAUAGUAAUAUUUAUUUUUUAUAUAAAUGAAUGUCCUCUGUUUCCUCUCAUUCCACUGCCUGCCCCCACUAAACUCAGCUCAUUGAGCAGUAAGCCCUUUUCAAGGUUGUCAAUCUGCCUCAGUGUUGCACUUAAACAGAUCUCCAACCUGAGCUUCCAGGUAAGCCACACACUCACAUUUGCCACAGUUGAAUGUACCAUGGGAAGACUCUUCCAGGCAUGUAUACAUACAGCAGACAGUUCACUAACACUUAUACUUACACCACUAAAACAACUACCUCCCUGUAAAAUAAAGUCUUUACCUAUCCUCCCUCACCCUAACAAUAGUGAGUAAAUGAAUAACCCCCAAAAUAGUUUGCCCCUUCUGUUUCAUUAACCUAGGACAGGAUAGGUUAAUGAAAAAGCAAGGGCAAACUAUGAUUCCUUAUUUAUGGUGGCCCAAUAGAUAGACAUGUUUUGAAUGUCUCUGUGGAAUGGAGAUGAAACAUCAAACAUGAGCUUUGGGUGGCCAAGGGAAAUUUUAAAAUGUGAUUUAUUGGUUAUCAGAUUUGGCUAGAGUAUCCUCAACCAGGUGAGUGGCAGCGACCUAACAAAGGCAAAGACAGAGGAAUAGGAAGAGGCAUAUUACCAGAUCUUAGAGUGACCUGGCUAACAAAGAUAGAACUAUGAAAUAACAGGACUAAGAGAACACUAGAGACCAGAAGAGGUACAAAAUAUAAAAAUACAAAAUAUAUGUUAUUAAAUACAGGCAGGUAAGAAGAGCUUUGAAAGUUGUAGUAAAGACAGAAAAGGGUCAGGAGCAUGAAGAAGAGUAAUGCUGGGAAACCACAACAGGGCAAUGAGGAAAGGCAAGAAAGGAGUUUAAAUAAGUCUCCUUUAAAUCUGAUUGGCCGUACCCGGCCUCUGACCCCAGAACAUGCGUGCGUGUCCUUUGCGUGAUGUCACACACAUGUUGACGUCGUCAAUACUGUGGGUGGACGUGGGGUUAUAAAUUGGUAUGGGUCCGCAGCAGCCAUCGGCUUUCAAUAUGCCGCAGGAGUCAGACACACCGGCACAGGGCUGCCAACCAGCAUCUCCACCAAUGCCCGGAAGGUAGUUAUCCCCAGAGGCACCACAAGGUGAGGAUGAACAUUUGACAAUAAGCAAUCAGUUAAGUUUAUGCAACCUUCUGGAACAUCCUAGGAGAGCAACCUUCACAAUUACAUAUGAUGAACAAAGUGUGAAGGCAGAACGUGAGGGACAGGGGUUCAAGUCCCACCAGGGCCAGUCAGAGGGCAUUGUGUUUCCUGACAUUGAUCUUAAGUAGUUCCUAUAUGCCAGAAGCCAAGGCAAAUGCCAUUUUUGCGCAAUGGUUACAUCGACCAUGGCUUCAUGAUGCUCUUUACUGUCUUUUUGUUUUUCAGGCUUGGGUCUCGCCACUUAACUUUGAUGUCAUUCUCAUUCCUAUUGCAUGAGGCCUGAGCAUAGUACACAACUGACUUCCAAAGGAAUUGUUUCUCUUUGAUUGGUGUGCUUUUUACAAACUUGCCAAAAAGUUUUGAUUAGUGUUGACACACCCCAUCUAUUUAUGCAAAAAGCUUCAAAGACAGGGCAUCGUAUUUAAGUUUGCAUUCUUAAUCUUUUUUUUUCCUUUUCCUCACAAGAAGACCCAGACAAAAGAGGACAUGCAUCUGUCUUUCACAUCAUGAAGUUUUGCAGUGUUUAUAAGUUUCAGCACUUUUAAAACGACAUACUUGGGUAAAAUCUGUGAAUUGUUCACAUGAAAAUUACAGACAUUUCAUCCAAGUGUCAGAAGUGAUCAAAAUGAUAGCAAAAGCUAUGUAUUUGUUACAGAACAAAAAUUGCAACACAAGAAAUUAUUUCUAAAUUACUUUGAUUUUAGUACAUAAACUAUUUGCAACUCUAAAUACUGAGCAAUAUUUAAAAAUACAUUCAAAAUGAACAUUUAGAAAUUGCUCACAGAUCUAAAUCACUGUUUUUAUAUCAUUGUCACUGCUAGUAUGAAAACGUUAACAACCACUGCACCGAAGACAACCACCUCCAUGAUAUAAAGUCUACCUCCAAGACAACUACCUCCUUAACAAAAUUGUUGACUGGGCUUCUUGCAUAAUUUGAUGACAGACAGUGAAAUUGGUGCUGGGGGUCAGUUGGCCAUGGGGGACAGGGAAAGGUGAGAUUUACUUACCAAAACUUAUCCCUCACAGUCCCAUCCAUCCUUUUCCAUCUGCUCUUCUCUUCUUCAUAUCCUCUCAGCAUCUUUUAGAUCUAUGAAGAAUUCUACAAGGAUUCAUAAAAAGAGCUUUAUUUCUCAACAUUCGCUACUCGUGAAUGCUGGGAGGAAAUGAUAAGCUUUACAGAAGUAGCUCUGCCUUUUUGUCAAGUGUAGGAAAAAAAAGUGAGACAAAGUAGUCCCCCUUUUGUCUUAGUAAAUAUUUUGACUGGGUUGUAAUUUCACUGAAAUUACAACAGUCAACCUGAAUGUUUCAUAAAGAUUCAAUCUUUGUGAAAUACUCAUUUGUGAUAUGGAGGAAACAGAACUGAUUUAAAUAAAUUUAUGGAAAUAAAAUGUUAGUGAUAAUAUGUCUAAUAUGUCCUCUAGGAGUGCUUAUGCUUCAGAAAUUAAUUUUCUGUUUAGGUAUGCAUUUCCUAAGUAAGAAUUUGUUAUAACCGUGCUUUGAAAACUGAAGCCAAACAUUUUAAUUGCUUUAAUGGAAAUCCUGAUUGUAAAUCCUCUGGCUAUUAUCCAAAAACUCAAGAAACCUUUUUAAAUGCUGUCCAAGAUAUACAAAAUAAAUAGCCCAAGGUCAUGGAAUGGAAAAGUUUCUACACAGUAUUUGGCAGAGAUACUAACUUUUUUAAAUAUAAAAAGCCCUUGUGAUGUUCAUGAUUAUUUUAAUGAAAUUUCUUUGCAAAGGACAUUGGAGAGUAAAAGGUACUAAACAAACACUUACUUACAUAUUUUUUUUAUAAAGCAGAAACUAUUCAUAGAGAAUGUUAAAUAUAUUUUGUUUAUUUUUUUAUUUUUUUUAAAAAGGAUAGUCCAGGAACAUUCUAAUUACUGUUAUAUAUUGUUUAGCCAAAACUAUUAACCAUAGAAUUUUGUUAAGUUUACUUUUUUGUCUUGUUUACUUCAAGGUGUGUUGAAAAAUGGCCCAUGAGCAGCUCAAUGACAAUGCUAAUCCAACUCUGUUUAACCAUAAAGGAAUAUAUUUUAACACUGGA